GUCAGAAUAAACUAAGAGCUUCUCCAACAUUAGCAACACACACACACACACACAUAUAGACAUAACCAGACAGAAAGACCUCUCUGAGAACAGCCCAAAUCUGCAGCCAUCUGUGGUGCAGGAAUCAGAGUUAGGGGUGGAACCCUGGUUUGGAGCUGGUUUAUUGGUAAGCAGCCUACUGUGAUCUCUUGAUGGAUUGAGUGGAGAUGGAUCGAAUUACAGCACUUGCCUUGCCUCAGUUUGUUUUUCUCCUGGCUUGCCAUACUGAUAGGAGGCUUUUUACCAGUUUGGGAUUAUAUGAGCAAAGAAGCAGGAGCAACAGCAACAGAGAGCAAAAUUAUAAUACCAAUAAUACUAAUACUAAUAUAUCCAGCUAUUUCCCUGAUGAGGUAAGCGGCUGAUUAAAAUACAAGCUAGUUGGCAGUCAGUGUGUCUCUCUCUGUCUAUUCAAGGUGCAGGCAUGGCACAGCAUGAGGGGCUGGGCGGGAGGGGGUCUGCAUGCAAAGUGUCCACUCUGAGGGGGGCAAAGACUGGGCACUGAUCGUACUGUGUGUCUGCGGAGGGAGAGGGCUAGGUAAAGUUCAGCCGUGUAUUAGUGUCUAGGGGAUUUAAUUGUCUCUGUGUGAAGCUUUCUCUCUGUGUGAGGUGGUCUGGGGUGAAGUUGUAGUUGGGGCUGUGCUCUGUGUUUACUGAGCUGUGCUGGGGGGGUGGGAGUGUGUUUGGGGGGAGGUGGUGUAGGAGGGAGGGGAGGGGGUUAAGGCAGUCCGCUGUCUCAGUGCCAUUUGAUCAACCUAGAGAGCUUUGAAGAUCAGAAAGCUUGCAGCUGGGCCUCAAGACACUGCUGGGGUCUCUAGGACGGUGGGAUGAACAGACCCUUUAAACCGAUUUGGAUUUCCCCCCUCCCCUGUGCUGUCUGCUUGCAGCUGGAUGAAAUAAACAUUGCUCUGGUGGACUAGAUCUAGAAAAGGACCCAUAUACACUGCUGGCAAAGUUAGCCGAUGGAUACCAGGAUUUGCAAUAUGUUUUGGGGGAUGGAAAAGUAGCACCCCGAGAGGUUGGCAUUACCACCCCAACAACCCUUUACCCCCCCGUAUCGUCCCGACUAGUUACCAUAGGUGAGUUAUGUUGAUUGUUAUUUUUAUCUAAAUCUAAUGGCAACUUCUGUCAUUUUGUGGACUGCAAAUCCCAUCACGCUCGGCCAAACGCGCCGCUUUUCGUGGUGUGAUGGGAGUUGCAGUCCGCCACCCCGAAGUGUGCCUGCCGCUCAUCGUGUUAAGUGAGAGACUGGGGAUCCGAUGUCGCCGUACACUGGGUCACGGUGCAACCUGUUCCCUGCAGCUUCUACCGAUGGAACCCUGGCGUUCUAUUGACCCCUUCAGGGAUAGGGGACUAGCACUCCUCUCUGUCAUGACAGGUCUGGCCAUUGGCCAAGCAUGCCACAAAUGGGUUAACGCUGUAUUUUUAAAUAUUGCCAAUUACUAGGGGUAACGCUUUCAGCACCACAGCGGUGGCAAGCAUUGGACAGUUUGUAUACAAUCUGAAAUGGUUCUGGUUAUUCAAACCCUGUGCAUGUAGGCUUUUAUUGUGUGUAUGCAAUAUAUAUAUAUAUAUUUAAAUACCACCCAGAAGGGUGAGGAAGUCCUACAUAUAUUUAUUAAUUUGUAUGUUUUUUCUUCUGCCAUUGUAGCUGAUGUAUUGAAAUACAUUGGCUGGUUUAAUGUAUGGUAACUUUGUAUUCUCCACCUCCCUCCCUACAUGGAAAUGAUUUACCGAGGGGGUAAUGCUGGCAAAACAUUAGUGGGUGCUUCCCUUCACUGCCAGUAAGAGCAAUGCUCCGGGUUAUAGAGAGAGCUAGAUUUCAUUCUGCCAUAAAUUAUGCAUGGAAACAAAUAGGAUAGUCAGAGCUGUGCUUUCUCUGUGCAGUGCUGCAAUAAAAGCCCAUGGCUUCCAGGCACUUUUAUUUGUCGAAAAGCUUUGUUUUGUUCAUGUAUUAAUAGAAUGAACUUUUCUUGUUGUUUUGUGUGUGUGUCUUCCUAUCAGUGCACAUUAUGACACGAAUAUGGUGGAUUAGGGUAUUGAUAAGCAAGGUUUAACUAUCUGAUCCCAGAAUGUAACAGAAAGGUCACUCUGCCUGUGUGUGGAAUAAGGUUUUGCAAUAGAGAUACUGAAUUGGAAAUCUGUGUUUAGUGCAGUGCACCACCUACUGAAACCACACCUCACAGUUCCCAGGAUUGUUUUAUGUCAGUGACACUGUGUAGAAUAGACCAGCCAGAAUUAUUGCAUACGGGCAGAUAGUCACUUACAUUCUGCCUGCUUAACCUCUUAGCUACCACUUGCUUGAUGACCUCCUUUGCUGAUAUAAAUGGACUUAAAAGCAUUAAAAUUGCUCAUGCAAGCUACAAUGCUGUGGCUCCACUCUCAUUGUGUAUUAACCCUUCCAAAGUUUAGUAUCCAUAAAUAAUGCAUACCUCUCAAGCUAUCAGUAGGGUUAGAAGUACACAAAGCACAUAUGAAUGAGAUUGCAUUAAAAUGCAGCUCUCACUUGGAGUCAUGUGUGUGGAAUACAUUAUUUCUUAUGGGAUAGAAAAAGCACUUCGGUAAUAAUUUUAUUAAACCAGGGUUGUUUUCUAUUUAAUGUAUUCAUAUUUAGGAUAUCAUUUGUGAAUUCAUUUGCUUUAUUUUAUCAUAAUAUUAUAAUUGCUAUUCUUCAGACUUUUGAUAUAUGUGACAUACCCAGCUUACAUUAAGCUUAAAACCAAACAGUUAUUGGAUUAUAGAGAUUGGACGUUUAUUGGGCUUUAUUUGAGCCAGAGCAAAUUACUGAUGUGCUAUAAUGUAACUGUAUACCUAAUGAAAAUUUGGAUGCAAUGUUCCAUCACGGAAUUCCACCUAUAAUCAUUUUCCUUACUCAGAAAGGAAGCGUUUGAAAAGAUGAAUGUGCCAUGUCAUUCAUUCCCAAUUGUAUAGUUCAAGGAUCUAAUUAUAUUGGCAGAAAUAAAUGAGGAACUUUUUGAAGGCGGUGUGAAAUUUGCAAUACUUUUUCGCCAUCCUACAUGACUUAAAAUAAAUUCUAGUUCUGGGCUUUUUUUUUUUUUUUUUUACUAGUGAUGUAGUGUCUCUCUGUAGCAUAUAAACACACAACUACCCCAUUUGACAUAUGACUGUAUUUUCGGGAUCAGAAACCAAUUUCUUACUUGCUACCGUUUGAAACAAUCUUGAAUCUCAUUGCAUGUCCCUUUUCUGAAUUGUAACCCUUUCAGUGCCAAAGAGCCCGGGAAAUAAUGUCAAAUCAACAUUUUACCACCCCAACCCACCCACCCCCACCUCCCCCAAAUAAUAAUUUUGCAAGGGAUAUAUAUGUUCUGGUGUUCAGUGUGCAAAUACAGCUAAUUACACAUUACAUUAAUGCAAUCCUACUAAAAUGACCUAUUCAAACUGAAUGCCCUUUUAUGAAUUUUAAUUAUCGCUAUAUAAUAUUGGACUCAUGAGGUUAUGACAUGUUCAAUUAAUGCAUUAACCUGCAUAAACCAUGAUUUGUCAAUCGAGAAAAGUGCUUAGAAUUCAAUGUGGGCACUGCGUAGAGGUCUGAAAACAAAAGAUGACUAUGUGUGCUUUAUAUUUCCCCUGAAGAAAAGAAAUAAGUUAACACCUGGCACAAAUCUUCCAAAGAGACUGAACAAAACAAACCGAGAGAAAGAGAUCAAGUCAAUUCUUGUUGAACAUACCUGUUCCUCCCCUAAAGUAGUAAACUCAGAAUACCUUCCCUGAGGUCAAAGGAGAACGAUGGUUUAACCCUUCACGUUCCACAAGGCUAUCAUAGGCAUGAAAACUGUACUACUUACUCACUGCAGAAGAUAACAUUAGGUUCAGUUCUAGUACUUGCAAAUUGUGUGAAAUUAAAAUUGUCAGUACAAUGCUAUCUUUCUCACGUUCGUAAGGGAAGAUGAUCUGUUUUCCUACAUUAGAUAAGCCAUUAUGGUUACAGUUAAAAAUCCUUAUAAGCCAUUAAAUUAAGUUCUUACUUCCGCAGAGAAUUGCUGCCUAUUUCACAUUCAGAAGAAAACGUGUUUAAUUUUUCUUUUUUUUUUUUUUCUUGUCGUAGCGCAAUGUUCACAGAACAUCUUAUAUGUGAGCCUCCUGGUACCAAUUUCAUAAUCAGCAGGUGGUGUGUCAUGGUAUAUAUCCAGUGUCACACUCUGCCAAUGCAGGGCAGUCAAUAAUAAGCUGAUUUAGUUUAUUCAAACAGGAAAGCUAAUAAACUGUACUGCUUCAAACAGGCUAAUGUUUGAGUAGGAAAAGCCAUCAAAUCUCAUAACAUGAGGCGCCCCCAUUUUCCCAUCUUUCCUGUCUCGUUGGCCUUUUGUUAAGUAAUCCAUAUUAGCAUUUUAACAUCCGUGCAGUGAACUUCUGCCUUUCUUUUUAAACUUGGGCACAGUGUGUAGACCAUCCAUCAUUCUGUCCUUGGCCACAACAGGCUACUGGCUCCAUAACCAUUCGGCGCUAUAGAGAAAUUAUCCGACUGUGAAACGGCACAGCUGGCUUUGGCAUUUUUUUUUCUUUGGCACCACUGCCAACAUUGUUAGGCCACAGCCACAAAAGUUAAUAACAUCAUGAUCAGGACAUUUUUCUUUUGUUUUACAGUUUUCCGUAGCAUCAUCAUAUGCACACGAAACCCAACCCUAGAACGAGCCCUCUUAACAGAAAUACACAUUUGCAAGAAGAGAGACCCACAUAUGGAAAUGUUCAGGUCUCCGAGAUAAUGCCAAGAUAAAUGAAAUGUCAAUUAUGGGGUAUUCAUACGUUUUAACAACGUAAUUAAUAGAAAAUGGACCUUUUGUCCGUCGAGCGUGUCUGUCCCACCCCAUGGUAAUUAGUAUUCCAAACGAACCAUUCAGAUUGAAAUUAUUUGCAUACAUUUAUAUGCAUUUAUUUUCAAUUGCUCUUGGAAGAGGGACAAUGAACUAUCUUUAUUAAGCAACGUUAAAGAAAUUCCAUAGGAUUAAAUGACUACAUUAAAGGUCUGCUCGUUUAUACUAUCCUCCUGUUCUAGGAAUGUAAGUCUCAUCACCCUCAACUUGCUGUACAAAAAAACAUUGGGGCUCAUUCACUAACCACAGAAUUUUGAAUUGGAAAUUAAAUUGCACAAUUUAUAAUCGCUGAUUUGGAAACAUUCUGCCGUUCAGCUACAGUAACAGGUUAGCCAUUUUAACCAACAUUUUGCAAUCAGGUUUUCGGUUUGCUUCAAUUCCAUGUUUUUGGUGAAUUAAACCCAUACAGAAAUAUUUGAUAAGAUUAUUUACUGAACUCGGAAUAUUAGCAAAUCAGAAAUACAAAACUGUGCCUCAAAUAGCCAAGCUGUGACUUUAUCUCAGUUGACAAAGUUUCCAGAUCAACUAUUUUAACAUAGAUUUUAAUUUGAAAUUUUGAGUUUUGUGACUGUGAUUUAAAAGGGAAUAUCACAUUUUAUGCCACAGCACCUCAAUUGAAACACAUGUUUUUUUGUAAAUAACCAUGUAAAAUCUCUAUUUUGUCAAAAUAGCCAAAGUCCAAGCAUGGCUGAGAAUGCUUCCAGUUUGAAUAUUUUGGCCUAAAACUGGAUAUUCACUUAGAAUUCCUGACAUUUCACACUUUACAGGGCUAACUAAAAGUGAGAAUUCAAAGUGAAUCUUAGGCCAAAAUAGUCAAACUGGAAAAACUCUCUAAGUCAGCUAUGCAUCCACUAAGGCUACUUUGGCCUUAAAUUUUACCUUCACUUUGAAUUCACUAUGAUCUUCUUUUUUUUUUACUUUGUAUGAAUAAUGUUGUUAGUAAUUAGCCAUAGCAUAUUGAAUUGAUAUAAUAAAAAUACCCAUAUUAGUUAUAGAGUCCAUUGAUUUUCUCUAUCUUUAAAAAAAAAAAAUGGUUUAUAUAUAUAUAAAUGGUUUGGUAAAUGCUAACAGAUGGUAUUAUUUUAUAGUCACCCUAUAUAAUUCUUGUGGUUUUGGUUACAUGGAAAAAGCCUCGUUAGAACGCGCACUUGAACUUUCAUUAUUGAACAAAUCACACAUUUCCUAGAUUCCUUUGAACAUUUCUGUUGUGCUAGGUAUGGCUGAACAGGGUACUUAAUUAACCAGUUUUUACAUAUCCCCUUUCAAUAUUGACUACAAAUCUGCAUUGCUAGACUUCAUUUCACACAAGAAUGAGGUACUAAUUUUACAGUUGACCCCCUUUUUUUUUUUGCACUAUUUGUGUCCCUUCCUCCCCCAUCUCUCUAAACACUCUGCAGAUGGUGCCUCAGGCAGGGGAAGUGACUUUCCCAAUGUCACACCAAACUGAGCCUGGGAUUAAAACAAGCUUCAUUCAUUGCAAACCUAUUGUCCUACUGUCUAGACCACUCCCAGAGCAAUGUGACUUGUGACAAGCGUUUUAUCCUGCUCCCAAAUUAAUUUUGGGACAUUUCAAUAUGCUCUUAUGACUGAACCUUAUAACAUCAUUGCAAAUUCAUUGUGACACUCUAGGUUGUUGGGAUUUAUUCCCCUUACUGGCAUUUAUAGAGUUAAUUCAUUCAUCCAUUGAUUUUAACCCUUUUAGUGUCAGCUGUGUUUGCUGCAAAGGAAUCUCAACAUUUCAGUACAGAUUUUUUUUGACAUGUUUGUUAUUCUAAAAGUUAGAGCAUUACUUUUGCAUUUUUUUAAAACCUUCCUUUCCAUCUUCAUAUUGCGCUCCUGGUACUGCCUCACACAAGUAAAAGAUUUGCCAAGCAGCUUAGCUGGUGCCAGGUCCAGUGGGAUUAAUGAUAAAUAAGUUGGUAAGCUCUGGGACCUCCCAUUGACAACCUUAAUUAGGCACUAUAGGCUGGCUAGCAUCUUUUUUUAUUUCAUUUUCAAAUAAUACAAUGAAAUCUGCAAAAAAAAAUAAAUCAAUGUAAAUAAUAGAAAAAAACAUACUUGUCUUGCAAUUUUAAAGGGGAUUCAAUUAGUGUUAGCAAUACACAUCCCUAUUCCUAACACUAUAGAGUCCUUACCCUCCCCCCCGCCCCUGCUCACACACACCUUGCACCCUCUCCCUCCCAGCUCAUAAAAUGUUAAAAAAAAAAACGUUUAGUCCCUUAUCCAAUUCCAGCAUCCAGUGUCUUUCGGCGCUAAGUUGGCACUCACCUCGGCCGACGUAAUCCACCUCAGUGACUUAUGUGCAUGCCCGGCGAGGACAUUCGGCCAUUGCCAUAGGAAAGCUUUGCUUCAAUGUUCUCCUAUGGGGAUUUUACUGACGCUUGAUGUCCUCAUGCAGAUCGUGAGGACGUCCAGAGUCUGUUAGGCGACCUAAAAGUCAGUUAGCAACCAGGACGUGCUUCUAUUGGCUGUCUUAGUCAUGUUAUGUAAUUAUUGCAGUUUUUUCAAGAACUGCAAUGAUUUACAUUCCAGGACUAAGUGGGACUGGGAUACUGCACCCAGACCACUUUAAUGAGCUGAAGUGGUCUGGAUGACUAUAGUGUCCCUUUUCAAAUAUUUUCUCAGGGAUUUACAAUAAAAUCCUUAUCUCCAGCCAUCAAUAAGUAAGACUAUCUCCAUGGACACUAUAGUGGGAUUGGUGCAAGGUACCUGCACUGGCCAGGACCACAGUUAAUGAGCUUUCCCAGUCUGCUGACUUUGCAUUCCCCUACUAAUAGUUUUGUGGAGUUCCAAUAAAAUUCCUCUCCAGCCAUUUUGGAAAAGUAUUCUCUGAAAUAAUAUGGGAAUCCAUGCUCACUCAUUUGUUUGAAUGGGAAAAGCACUAUACAUGAGUAUAUGCGAUGCAAUGUAUGUGCAAGGUUUGCAAUGUAAUACCUCUGAGUUACAAAACUGGCCGGUGGAAAGGAUUUUGAAGCGUUCUUCCAGUAAAUUCAGUAAAUGGUUUCCCAGUGCUGCUUUGCAUUCCUGAUACUAUAGUAACCAUUGUGGAGUUCCAACACUUCGGUCCCUUUUGGAAACAGAUUCUCUGGGAGGAAUUUAUUGUUCUAUGUUUUUUGUUUUGAUGAACUAGUGGAAACUUAUAAAAUAUAACUAUAAACUAUGUAUUUAACUAUAACGUUAAUUGUAUUUAACAUUAAAAUAUUUAAUACUUUAUCUCCUCAUCUUUACAUUAAAGAUGCACAGAUUUAUGAAGUAUUUCUUUUAAUCUAUCAUCUAUAAAUCAUGGUAGGUUUAUGCAUUGUUCUCCUCUAAAUCCCUUAUUUAACAUAUAAGGGAGGUAGACUGUCCUGAGAAAAAAGACGGAGACAUUGUUUUGCAAACAUGCACGUAUAAACAUAUGCCCUCCCUAAAAUCCUUAAAUUGCCUUAGCAUUCCUUUUGUAUUUUGUCUAUUUAAAGGACUCUUUGCAGACAUGAUGGAGAUCUGUUUUAUAUAGCAUGCAGGUUUUAUAUAGAAAUUUAUAUCUAUAGCAAUUUUAUAGAAAUUGAAACAAAAUGCCAUAAUUAUAAUAGGUAUAGUACCACAACUACUAAGAUUGCCACUGAUACAGCUGAGCAGUUAGUCACCCUUCUACAAGUGAUGUUUGAACUCUCAGAGUUAUUCGCUAAAGUGAGAAUUAUUGCAGAUUCAUAAUGAAUUUCAAAAUGUAGGCCAAAAUAGUAAAAAUUCAGUUUGUUUCCAUUUUAUCCGUUUUGGCCCUUAAGCUUGAAAUUCCUUGUAAUUUUCACUUUAGUGAGUCCUCUUUAAGGCAUGGUAGGUUUAUGAAAAACUUAUAUUAAGAGUUAUUUAUCCCAUUCUACUUAUAGACUCUUCCCCACUCCCCCCUGAUUUUCUUUGACUCCUAUGUCAAUGGCUGCAUCUCCUCAUAGCCUUUUCUAACAGCCAUUCUGGAGGAAGCAUGUGCCAAAUGUGGCUUCUAGUCUGGGGAUUUGGUGGUGAUUUCAUCAGCACAAGAUAUGAAUUAUGUAUACACUUACAAAUAUCUUACUCACCUACCAGUUUUGGUUUCUUGAUAACAGAUGUCCUUUAAUGGGUGUUAGAAUCCUAAAAAUGCAGUAUCUAAUUAUAUAGGUAAUAAAGUCCAUAUAGAAGUACUUUUUUGGCCAAAAUAACUGAGCUUGAGAAUUAGCCAUACCAAAUAAAUUUCCAAACACAUACAUAUUAUUAUUUUAUAAUUAAUGAAGCUUUGGCAAAUUCUGUAGCGCUGUACAUAUGACAUUAAACAAUUAAGUGAAAUGUCUCUUCUUAAUGUUGUUGGUUAUUACAAUGAGUUCCAUUUGCCUCGUACCUGAACAACUUCCUGAGGUUAUAACUACUGUGUAACAAUGGCUUACAAAUAAGAUGUGCCUUAUUUAUUCACAGGUGUAAAACCUGAGCUGUGUUAAAUUAUUAUAAUAAACUAAUUUCGUUCAGUAUCUCCCCACCCUUCCAACAAAUGUCCACACACCGACCCGAACUAUGUGCAGUUUGGUGGGCGUGUAUAUAUACAUACCUAUAAAAAUGUUAAUCAUGUUUGUUUAUGCUAAUUGCUACUAAUUCAGUUUCUUUUUAUGGAGGAUGUGAAAUGUUUGCACUAUACACCUGUGAAUUGAAGAUGAAGGAACAAAUAAAUAAUGUAUAUAUUGUAUUACUUUCCCUAUUGGGACUCCACUAUGUUUACACUGCCAUUUGCUUUUUUACCAAAAAAAAUGGGAAAACAACAUCCACUACGAUUGCAGAACUCCUCAUUAGUAGCGUACACCAACUAGGCAUGGCAGCCUGUUCUCAAACACCUGGGAACAGUGUUAAAACAGAGAGGACUUUACUAGAUGUCAUUGCAUUAUAGCAAUUUUAGAGUUAAUGCAAUAGAUUUAAAAAAAAUUGUAACGUGGCAUUGGAUUUGUUCAUUAAAGUGGUGAAAGUAUAGUUGACAAGUGGCACUAGUAGAUUUAUUGUUAUGUCAAUUGUUUUUUAAAAAUAUGUUGGCAUUUGUGAUUUUAAGGUUGGAUUUCAAUGUUAAUAAAUCCGAUUUAGAACCCGUUUUAAAGUGUCUUUUCCUUUACAAACGGUUUCUCUCUUAUUUAGGAAAAGCAGCAUUUGAAUUAAAGCAGCUUCUUCAUAAGCUUUUUAUAUUUGCUGUUGCUGGGAAGCCCCAAAACCAGCAUCUAUUGUUUGGGGUGGCAUGAAAGCCUUUUUUUCAAAAUCAGUACCAAGGAGAAAUGUUGAAUGUUUUAUCGAUUGUAGCUUCUAAGUAAUGCCGUUUGCCCUUGAGGUGAGAGAACAUCCAGAUAUAAACUGAACAAAAGUACAAGAGGGGUGGGAGCAGACAACCUCCUUAUAAAUAGAGAUGAGAGGAGCAUAGAAUUGCCAUACACGUUUCUUUUAUGUAUACAUGUGAAAUAUGAGAGGUUUAGACACAGAACCACCAGGCAAGCAGACUGUGUAAGACAGGAGAGGUGUGCAGAUAAACAGGGAAGAGCAGAGAGAUUGAACCUGCAGUUGGAGAAAUAAGGGGUGGGAGAUGAAUUAAGAAAAACACCUGGGGAGAGCUCAGCUGUACCCAUGACUGCUGACCCCAAAUACCAAAACCGUUACCCCCAAUAACGACAUGACACCUGAUUGUUGGGUAAGGGCAACGGCCACAGCUUUAUUAAACUUUUACACAGCCAGCAUUUCCACCUGCCAGCUGUUGGGGUGACUACCCAACAGACAGAUACUCCAAGUCUUUAUCCAGAGUUCGUACAGCCUGCCUUCGGCCAUCAGCCCUAGCAGGCUGCGACUCCCCAAAUCCUUUCCGUGCAUUACGUGUGCUGGCCAGGAACUCCGCCAUAGCUGUGACAAAACAAGAACAGAAACAAACAACACCACAAGCCAAACCAUCACAUAGCAUGGGAAAUUUUUUGGGGAGGGCGGGCGGGAAACUGUUCCAGACUGCUCCUUCUGCACUGGUGAGUCCCACCCCCCUGCUCUCCCUCUUAUAUCCCACUAUAUAGGCAACAUUGUAUCUUUUAUAUUCCCACCCCUUACUGCAGGGCAGCAGUCAUGCCUCCCCUUCCUUGCAGUCCAGGGGAUAUCUUGACUGCUGACCCCAAAUACCAAAACCGUUACCCCCAAUAACGACAUGACACCUGAUUGUUGGGUAAGGGCAACGGCCACAGCUUUAUUAAACUUUUACACAGCCAGCAUUUCCACCUGUCAGCUGUUGGGGUGACUACCCAACAGACAGAUACUCCAAGUCUUUAUCCAGAGUUCGUACAGCCUGCCUUCGGCCAUCAGCCCUAGCAGGCUGCGACUCCCCAAAUCCUUUCCGUGCAUUACGUGCGCUGGCCAGGAACUCCGCCACCGCGAUGCCGGCCCUCCCUCUCUUUACCCGGCAUCGCACCCCCCGCAGCCAGCGCCUUUUCUAUACCCGACUGCAGACCCGCAUUAAAAAUGUCCAAUCCUAUUUGGUUCAGGUGCACUCCGUCCGCCCUCAUCAACUUCCAAUUGUCCCCCUCCAGCUCCACAUGCCGAACUGCCACACCACCAGGCCGCCGCACAAAGCGAGAGAUCGUCAUGUUGAGCUUGCGCCUGCUCCACUCCAGGCCCUUGGCAUGCGGCAAAACCUGCCAGCCAGGACGGGGAACAAUCUCCGACCAAAUCAGAGUACAGUCUGAGAAUAGUGCCAAGUCGUUCCAGACUGCUCCUUCUUCACUGGUGAGUCCCACCCCCCUGCUCUCCCUCUUAUAUCCCACUAUAUAGGCAACAUUGUAUCUUUUAUAUUCCCACCCCUUACUGCAGGGCAGCAGUCAUGCCUCCCCUUCCUUGCAGUCCAGGGGAUAUCUCAACAGGAAUACAACAGUGUAUGUUUGUAUACAUGGCAGACAGACGGACAAAACUUACAGGUAGAUUAUAGGACAGUGGAUGGCUAAACCAAUGGCAUUUUUAUUAAUAUUAUUUAUCUAUAAAGCACCAACACAUUUCACAGCUCUGUACAUGUGUAUAGUUGGCACAUGUAAAAAGACAAAGGUAUAAUACAUAUGAGACCACACCAAAUACAGGAGGAGUUAUGGGCCAUAUUCCAGUAGGAACUUAGAAUCCAUAAGGAGUAAAGGAGUUUAAGCAUGCGUGGGAUAGGCAUAAGGCUAUCCUAACUAUAAGAUAAGACUAGGGACUAAUGAAAGUAUUUAGAAAAUUGGGCAGACUAGAUGGGCCGAAUGGUUCUUAUCUGCCGUCACAUUCUAUGUUUCUAAGGAUAGAUGGCGACUUGCAGAAUAGGCUAUUGGAAGAUAUUGGGAUAAUGAGGAAAAAAAAACUAGUAUCGUGAAAAAGGGGGUCACAAAACUAUCAAGUAUUGCAAAAAUAAAAAUUUCUAGAGUGACAGAUAUACUUAUCCUUUCAGACUUAUUAACAAAAAUCUGGUAUAACUGAGAUGUGCUUUCCCCUCUAUAUUCUUUAAAUAGAAAGCUUUGGCAUGACAGGUCUGUUUUUACUGAUUGCACAACAUUCCUGUGCUCAGUGCUUCAAAGAUAAUUGGUUUCAGUGUAAAGAUAUAUCUAGGUGUUUUUAGGUAAGUGUUGCUUUGUCUCCUACAAGAUAAUAUCACUGAAAAAAUAGUUUGUUUUGUAUUUAGUUUGCAGAUACAGAAAUCCAUUUCACGGAAUGACCUAGCAUGAAGACAUAUUACAACAUGUGAUAAGAACACUGAUGGAUAAAGAUAAUGGUCUAGAAAUAGGGUUACAUUGUCCGCUACGUUUCCCUGCACACAGUUUGCGUCUUAAUGCUGAUGCACAGUAGAAUUCAUAUGGCAUAGGAGGAAAGUCAAAUGACUAAUCAAAUCAGUUUUUUUUGAGAUUCCCCCAUGAGUAACGAGCUGAUUUCAACCCAGUGCUACAUUCUCCCAUCAUGUGCAAGCGAUAGACUCAUGACUAAACACAUACAGAUUUAUUCACUAAAAUCUGAAUUGCCCCUCAAAACAAAUUCAAAGUGAAUUUCACAUUUUGGGCUAAAAUACACAACCCAAAAGUAAAGCUAAACUGAAGAUUUUUUUCAUUUCAAAUAUUUAGAAUUUCUAACAACUUUUCAUCACAUCCAAUGAAUGCUAAAUAAGACUAUUUUUAAUAAUUUAUUUGCCACAAUCACAAGUCUUUGGAUAUGAGUAUAUAUACAAGUCAAAUUAUCUUCUGUCGCCAAAAUGUCUAAAUACAAUUUGCCAUUUCUGGUUUGCUAAGUUAACGAAAAUAACCAGUUCUGUUUAUUUCAAAUGAUAAUGCUAAUUCUGAAAACUCAAAAUAACUCCUAAAAUUGAGAGCUAUACAAACCAAACUGUCCUGCGGUGGUUUAAAGGGAAAUUCAGCCAUUAUAUGGAAAUUUAGCAUGACUGGAACAAAGUAUGCAUUUGAUUUUGCAGUGGCAAUUAACCCAUUCGUUGCUAAAGAAACAAGAGAGAAAAAUAGAAUGUGACGUCAGAUAAGAACCAUUUGGCGCAUCUAGUUUGCCCAAUUUUCAUUAGUCCCUGGCCUUAUCUUAUAAUUAAGAUACCAAAAUAGAUCAAACCCAUCAAAUCAGCCAAAGUUUUGCUGCAUUCCUAUGAACACAUUGAAAUAUAUGGUUUGCUUUGUAUAAAAAUGCACAUAUAUUGGCUCCUACUGAUGUAUGGUAACCGCACUGGUCUAAAUCACAAGUUGGCAUUAUGGGUACCAGGCAAGUACGACUAAUUGUGAUGUUUCAAGAUAUUAAAAUCUGAUGUCAGUAUUACUCUUUAGUUAGGGAUGACAUCACAGUAAACAGCCCUUAAACAAACAUGACACUUUUAUUUUUGGAAAGUAAUGUGUAAAUGUGUUUUUCUUGACAGUAUGCGUGCAUAGCACAUUAUUUGAUGACAAUGUGACAAUAUGUGUGUUAAUCUGUUUUAACUAAAAUGAGUUAAAGCAUAAUGCUGUUAAAGGCCAAAAUGCAGCGUUAAUAUCUGUUUUCAUUUACAUCGAUGAUAAUAUUUGUGUAUAAGGGUUGGGAUGUAGAUUCAAAACUCACUUUGAUAGGCACCUAUUCUUAUUAUUAGGAGUGAAGGGGUUAAAUCAUGGAUGUGGAUAAAGUAUCAGUUCUUCCCUGGGACUUCUAUCUUACAGUGUUUUGGGAGGAAUAUAUAAUCUCCCCACUGCUAGAAUCCACUGUCUUUUUUUGCAAAAAACAAACAAACAAACAAACAAAAAAAACGAACCGCACUCCAAUCUCGUGAAGAUCCGGGUGCUAAACUGGACCAAGGGCCAGCACCAACGCCAGGGAGUAGAUAUCAGUGGAAGAAAGAGGUUCCAGGCACUCAAAGUAUCUUCAAAUGUAUUUAUUGGGACAAGUGAGACACCACAACGUUUUGACAAAGACAAGCUUGACAAAGACCCUUUCAGGGGUCGAAACGUUGCUGUAUCUCACUUGUCCCAAUAAAUACAUUUAAAGAUACUUGGAGUGCCUGGAUCCUCUUUCUACCACGCUUUACCUUCUAUCACAAUAUUUAUAUAUGCAAACUCAUCUCUAAAUAUUCAGAUGUAAGUCGUUAAAGGGAAUGUAGAAGUGACGCUAGUGUAGAAACGGUUAGUUUAGCAUUAGGUACGAUUUGGUAUACAGCUAUGUAAUUCCUCAUUGAGGAUAAGUGUGCUUUGUUUCUUAUUGUUACAGUAACUUUACAGUAUGUCCUUAACCCAAGUGAUAGUUGAAUAGUUUAUCUUUUCCUGGUGGCGGUACCUGUGGAGUCCUUGUCUUGUAGAUGACUUCCUUAGUUAAUUGGUCAUCAUGUGAGAUUAGACCCAGGUCGUCUAUUGUUUAACACAAUGCAGUAAGAUAAGGUCUCUUUUUGUUUAUCUAUCAGAUAAGAUUAGGUUUUCAUAAAGGAAUACAAUAAAAUAAAUAAUGGAUGAGGGGGAAAUAAAAUCACAGCAGUUGAAACUUGUUUUAAAAAAGGAAAUAUAUUCAAUAGUGUUACAGUAGCAGUAGACGGAAGAAACAGUGGUGGUGGUUUUUUGAGCUUCAAAAAUAAAAAUUGAUUCAAUAAGUCGUGCAAAGUGACAAAACGCAGUGAAAUAAAGACCACAAAGAAAAACUGUUCAUUCAUACUUCCUCCAAUGGUUUUUUAAAAUUCGAAAAUUAGGACAGUCAACUUCCUACUGCAACUUCUCUUUCAGUAAAUCUGUGAUUAAAUGCAUAAUCCUAUUUCUGUAUAAAUACAAUACUAUAUGAUUUGUCUUAGAUCAAUCUUUGAAUUAUUAUUAUUAUUAAGUGUUAGAUUCCAACCGAUGCCAUGGCAGCAUUUAUUGUUGUAUUCCUGGAAUCAAGAAACCAAAUUAUUAUUUUUUUUUUCUCGGUCAUAAUGAACAAUUUGUUCAUUGUUCGGUUUGAUCUGCUGUCCUAGCUUAUUCCUCUGUCAAACAUUAGUUGCUUUUGAUAUAACUAAGUGUAUCUUUUUUUAUGAUGUUUUACUCUGUCAAUUCCCAAGAUGUUUAUACUUGAAACAGGGAGUUUUGGUGAUUUGACAACCAAUUAGGCUGAAAUAACUGAGCCGCAACAUUGUUUUGAAAGUGGAUAUUCUACAAAUUGGCUAUUUUGGCGUACAUUUGUCAUUUCAGCUUUUAUCUUUGCCCAACCCAAUGUUUAACGAAUAAAGCCCUAAAUAAAGUGUCAGAAAGUAUUGUAUCUAUUCUGAGAGUAUACAGGGAGCCUUCCCAAGCAUCCUUUUCAUUCUGUUUCCCAUACCUUUUAAAAGGACACUAUAGCACUAUAGUCACCAGAACAACUACAGCUUAAUGUAGUCAAUCCAUGCAGGCUUUUUGCAGUAAACGCUGUCAAUUCAGAGAAAAGGUAGUGUUUACAUUAAAGCCAGUUGGCCACUAGAGGUGCUUCCUGGGGCAGCACUUCCAUUCAGUAUCUUCACCCUCUGUAUAGAGAUGCUGAACUUUCCUAAUAGACAUGCAUUGAUUCAAUGCAUCUCUAUGAGAAGAGACUGAUUGGGGAGGCCAGCGUUUGGCCCCCGCCCUGCCUCCUUGACGAUGUCAGCCAAUCGAAUGCUUUUAUCAUCAAUUCUGAAGAUGUCAGCCAAAAAGGUGGAUCGGGUGCAGGUCCUGCAAAGGUGGACCCGCGCAGCGCAACUGCACAAUGCUGAAAAUAAGUUUUAACCCUUGCUAAGGGGGCUUCGGGUGGGCAGUUAACCUAAAUGGUAACUUUUAACAUGUUUAAACCCUAUAGUGUCCCUUUAACCACCAUUCACACUCCUAUGCUAUAUCAUACUGCUGUUUUAUGCACUAUAGUUCCUUCUCCCCAUUGUUCUGAUUUUGUUCACUAAACAGGUUUUUUCAGUUCAUGUGCUGUGGCCUAAAAAGUGAUCUCUAUUUUACCGUUAUUCGCUAAUAUCAGAAUUUAAGUGAAUCAGAUUCAAAAUGGCAAAAUUUAGGAUAGAUAGUUAAUUUGGAAAAAUUCUCCAACUCUGCAGAGAAGCUAUUUUGGCCUUUGUUUUGAAAUUUAUGUAAACCCCUUAAUGCUGUAUUUAACCAUAGAACAACAGAAGAGCAUCAGUUUUUCAUCUAGACAUCACUUCCUUAAAGGAACACUAUAGUGCCAAGAAAAACUUGUUUUCCUGGCACUAUAGGGUUAUUAGGGCCCCCCUCCCGCUGGGCUGAAGGGGUUAAAGCCCCUUUAGCCACUUACCUUAAUCCAGCACAGUGCUCCCUUGGGGCUGGUGACCUCUCCUCCCCCUGCCAACGUCAGCUCCGAAUGCACAUGUUCCGCCAGUGCUAUGCACCCAUUUAAACUGCCCAUAGGAAAGCAUUACUUAAUGCUUUCCUAUGGACGUCCAGCGUGAGUUCAAUGCGAUUUUCUUAUUGAGAGUUGUGGAAGCGCCUCUAGUGGCUGUCAGUGAGACAGCCACUAGAGGCUGGAUUAACCCUCAAUGUAAACAUAGCAGUUUAUCUGAAACUGCUAUGUUUUCAGCUGCAAGGUUAAAACUGGGUGCCUAUAGUGGUCCUUUAAAUUCUUUUUAAAUUAAAUUUAAAAAGGGAUACAUUUUUAAUUAACGUAUUACCUUUGCUGUUUCCAGUAUGCUAUUGUUAUCAUGAGUUUAUAUUUGCUUCUGACUUCAAUUGCAAAAAAAUACAAAAACCAAACAAUUAUGGGCUCGUAGAAAAGCGAUCUAAAAUUUUUGAAUGAAAAGCAAAUUUAAAUCCAAACAAGCACAUAUCCAAAUCAAUAAAUCAUUUGAAAAUGCUUAUAUUUGUAUCUGUAUCAUGCCACAAUACUGCCUAUUUACAGUUUCACAUGUAUAUUAUUACAGAUCCCUUUUCAUACUUUUAAGGUCUGAAAACAAUUUGGUUUGGCUUAAUUCCUGUGAAACUUAGUUUGUCAGUCUCUGCUAUAACAUAAUGCAUUUUGCAUCCCUUUCAGCCAGAGUUACGGUUGCCAGUGCAGAAUAACAUUUUGCGCCCCCCCCCCCCCCCCACAGCCCCCAUCCUCCAUCGCCCUGGUUGUAUGUUUAAUUCAGCACAUGUAAAGACUGUAGUAUUUGUUAAUAAAACGCAGUAAAUUUUUAUGAAUAAACACUUCUUAGCAAUAGGAAACAGUAACUGGUGACGAAUUUAUGAAUGUCUUUGGAAGUUAUGAACAUUCAAACCAUAGUUCUAAGUGCCCUUCCGGGAGUCUUUACACUGCCAGAAGGCUUUAGUAAACUAAAAUUAAAAUGUUUCUCAAAAGUUCUAAAAAUGUAUUUAAAAACAAAAGACCAUAUUUAAUGUAAACUGCAACAGCGGGUCUUAUCUACCAUUUUCAGGCUCAGCUAAAGUAAAUAUUUUGUAUAUUGCAACAAUUAUGUCAAAUGUAAGAAGUCUUUAAAUUAGAAAAGUAAACUUUCAGCAAUUCGACAAAUAUAGGGCAACGGCAAUCAGAAUUUCAGAUCGUGGGCUCAUAAAAGUCAAACUGAAACCUAAAUUGUGAAAUUUGCUUUGAGAUCUCCGUUUGUAUUAUUUGUACUAGUAAAUUAUCCUGUUUGUAUUUAGAUUUGUCCAUGGAAAGGACAAGUUUUAAAUAAUAAUCAUUCCCACAAUGUAGUGCUGCUUUCAUUAUUCAUUGCUGCCUUCGUUACAUCACCAAUCCUAAUGAUGUACACUUUAUGGAGUAUAGGAUAAAGGCAAACCCUACGUUACAUCACCAAUCCUGAUGAUGUACACUUUAUGGAGUAUAGGAUAAAGGCAAACCCUACGUCAUUAGAUCACAGCGGGUUACCCCCUAACCCUUGGCUUACCUAACCCAAUCAUGAACCCCAAAGAUUACAUGGACUAAAGCUGACAUCUACAGUAUUUUAAGGGCAGGUGCACCCCUAGCCACGUAACCUUCAAUGUGGAUAUUGGAGUUAAGAAGUACAUACUGUAUCGUGGAUUUGAGAUAUGCAUGCAAUAACUAGGUUACAUUUAACUACAUGGAAGUAACAUUAAAGGUAUAGGUCAAUCUAUACCCCAAAGGUCCCAUUAAGAAAGUGCUUUGGCAAAGUGCACUGUGAUGGUACUAUACUUAUGAAUGUCUUUACAAAAAUGCCCUAGGUACAUUUUAAAUAUACCCAUGUGAUGGUUUUUGUUUUCUUUUUAGAAGAAUUACUAGGCAUGUAAAGGAUUAAAGAAAGUCUUUCGUUUUUACUGUGUUUGCAGUGGGAGGAACAAAUGUGUUAAUUAUUAUUUUAACUGUAGACAAGAAAAAGUUCAUGGACUAUUCAAAAGUUGCUCAUUGAUUUCGUGGUGAGAGUCAUGUGAUUUUCUUUUUCUAAGAUGGUUUGUUUUUUUAUUCUUGCGAGGUAUUUAACUCUUUAAGGACCUAACAGGUCAAUAGCUGGGGAAAUCUGCUCAGGACUCUCAUGCAUUAGAAAACAGACUAACCAUGCAUGCAUUAGUGAGCUUGCUACAUUUUCAUAAUUAAUUAGUAAAAGAAUUCAUAAUGCGGUUAAACCAUUGAGCAACAAUCAGGCUGAGUAUCCAGUUGUUAAAAUGAUGGAACAAUGGCAGUUAUGCAUAAAGAAUAAUUCUGGGGAAAAGUUCUCAAAGUGGAGAGGUCCCCGUGGAAACCAAUGGAAUGUUCUUGCUCCAGAUUUAGAACUUUGCCUAAGAAUAGGUUGGUUAGGAAACGUAUACCCUUAAUGGAAGUGAAUUAGGGAUAACACACGAAAAGGACUUGGGAAUUGUUAUAGACAACAAACUAUGCAACAAUGUGCAAUGUCAAUCAGCAGUGGCUAAGGCAAGUAAGGUAUUGUCAUGCAUGAAAAAGGCAUUCAUUCUCAGGUAAGACCACAUGGAAUAUGCUGUGCAAUUUUGGGCACCUGUUCUAAAGAAGGAUAUUCUGGCACUAGAAAAAGUGCAGAGGCGGGCUACAACAUUAAUAAAAGGAAUGAAACAUAUCAGCUAUGAAGAAAGGUUAACAAAUUUAAACCUCUGUUGUUUAGAAAAACGUCGCCUGAGAGGGGAUAUGAUAACAUUAUACAAAUAUAUUUGGGCCAAUACAAACCAUUGUGUGAAAAUCUAUUCACAAACCGGACUUUGCAUAGGACACGAGGUCAUGCGUUUAGACUGGAAGAAAGAAGAUUUCGUCAAAGGAAAGGUUCUUUUACUGUAAGAACAAUCAGGAUGUGGAAUUCUCUGCCUGAAGAAGUGAUUUUAUCAGCCUCCAUACAGAUGUUCAAACCGCAACUAGAUGCAUACUUGCAAAAAACAGAAUAUUCAAGGAUAUAAAUUUUCAAUGUAGGGUAAUAGCUUCUUGAUCCAAGGAUUAAUCUGACUGCCAUUCUGGGGUCAAGAAAGAUUUAUUUUCUUAGUUUGUUGCAAAAUUGGAAGUGCUUCAAACUGGAUCAGCCGCAAAAAAGAAAUGUGAGGAAGGCUGAUCUUGAUGGACGCAAGUCUCUUUUCAGCUAUGUAACUAUGUAACCAACUAAAAUAAAAAGCAUUUUAUUAUACAGGUACAAAAAAAUCACAGGUAUUACACAAUAUCAAAUCUCAGUACAGAUAAGACCAUACAUAUAUAAUCAAUAUGAAACCUGUAUUCAAAACAGGAGAUAAAUAUAAUCAAUCAUAGAUCUACAGAAUGAAUAGUAUCAAUUGAGAUACAAAACAGAAUGGAUACCUGUAUAAAACAAUCCAAAAUAAACAUACCAAAAGAAAAUAGAAAUGUCAGAAUGAGUGAGAGGAGGGUGAAAAAAAUCAAGAUAGUUCCCAACAUUUUGACGUAUGUGCCUUUUAUCAAGGGAGCAUACCAAAUAAGUGGGUAGGAGGGGGAAGAUUUUAUAUCCCAAACAUAAAUUAGCCAUGAGUAACACCUAAGUGAAAUGGGUGGCCACCCGGCAAUGAUUGUAGACCUCCCAACCAUAAUCGUUGAAGAGCCAGCAGAAACCCUUCCUGUGGGAAGCCGUCGCAGGUGACUGGCCUCCUGUGCCAGCUGUCUGCUGAAUGGGCGAUGCUUUUUGAGCCAUCAUGAGCUUCAUCCACAAUGGCAGGUCCAUUUGGUCCCACCGUAUGCCAGGAUUAGCCGCAUGUCGCUGGCGGAAUUGCUUGUCGUAUUUCCACCAUGCCAUGCCCCCGUACGUCCUACACGCCUCCCAGAUCCAAUCCAGGUAACAAACCAAAGAAGAGCAAAUCCCCAGGGACCUUUUGCCAAUAACACUAGCGUGGAUAAAAAAUGCCCGCAGCCAAUUCCCAAAAGACUUGCAUGUCUUGCGAUACCUUUUCUUCUUCUUCUUCUUCUUCUUCACAUCCUUUUUGUCCUCCUCCUUGAGGUCGAUAUAUUCCUCCAGAAGCAACAGGGCAAAAACCUCCAUGAACUCACCCUCCAUAUUCGGCGCAUAAUGUCCUGCUUAAGAUGCACGCCCAGGGGGUGUGCAUACGAGACAUAAGCAUUCUGCCGCACUGUGUCAGGAAUGCCGCCCGCCAACUCCGCCUGUUCACUCACAGCGUUGACCGGCACCGCCUCCCUGUCACCCUCAGCUCCGUCUCUGCCGAGUCAAUAAGAUGUUGUAAAGAAGACAGUAAGCUAUGUGAAUGUGCAGUGGUAGACUCACCGACCAAACCUUCCACCUGCAAAGGUUUGGGGGCUGCUCCUUGAGAAUCAACAGAAUAGGACGGAGGAACAAUCACGCUCUUUACUCCAACCAGGGGGACCCUCUGGUGCCGGAAGCCUCCAUGGGGGGACUCGCUGGAUGAACUAGAACAAGAAGGAUUAUUCCUGGGCAGAUUGCACUGUUCCGUACUCACCCUCCCCGUACCACCCAGGGAUCGCCAUUUGAAAAGUAGUAUGUAACCUGUAGAAUUCAGAGGUGGUGUAUAUGUGUGUUGUGUGUGUGUGUGUGUGUGUGUGUGUGUGUAUAUAUAAUAUAUAUAAAUAAAACUGGGUCUUUGAAAUACAUUAAAAAGUUGUAGUUUUUUUGUAAGUCCAGAUUGAUGAAUUUUAAAUAUGAAUUGACUCAGGAAUGGUGCAAUGCUGGCAGCUGUGCAUGCUACGUGCUGAUUCUCAUUCAGAAGCUGUUUGGACUGGCUUUUCUAUUCUCCCAUAGACAGUUUGUUUGCACGGCUGAUCAGGCGUACUGGGAGAUCACUGCUUUUAUUGUUUGUUUAAUUUAUGGCAGGAAAACAAGAUUGCCCCUUGACACACCUGUGUAUAUUUAUUAAUCUUUAGUAGCUCAAUAAUUAACAAUUUGGCUUGUUCUAGAUAUUUUUAUUUUCUAUCCACUAAACACAAGUUAGAACAUCCAAAACUAAUGCCCACAGAUUCACCCACUCACUUGCAGAAUUGUCUAAACAAAAAAAAAAAUCUAUGACCAAUUAAUACUUUGUAACCCAUCAAUUGUGUUAGAAGAAAUACGAUAUUUUAGUGUAGAAGGUUUAUAGUUUUGAUUUUUUUCUCUAUACAUAGAUUGGAAGAAGGUAUCACAGUCUGCAAAACUGGAGCUUUUCGUGAUUCACAAUUCAUCAACAAAUAUUAUGGUACACUGAUGGUUAACACUUGUGAGCCUUAGAACCUAUUAUUUGGUUUAAAAAAAAAAAGCAUCAGAUUUUAAAGUGCCAUAUACCCAUUUUUUUUAUCCAAUCCUCAUUACUUACCCUCAUUUCAGACAAUAGAUUUUUUAUUUAUUUUUUUUAAUAUCAACCUAUCCUUUCGAUUUCAGUUGAUCGUGGUUCCCACACUCUACCAUUGUGUUCUUCGUCUUCCCACUUUCAUCUCUCUCUAUUCUAUUUAUCCAUAUUAGUUCUGUUCUACAUCAUCCUUUGCACCCUAUUUUCUCUUUAUUAGUAAACCUCAUCCUCAUUCUAUUCAGCAUUCAUCAUCUUGGUUGAUACUCAGCUCUUGCUGUCUCUCUUCCUCCCCCCACUCCUGAUAAAGAGCCCUUUCUCAAAUUGUAUUCCCCCUAAUUAUCUCCUGCCUACUUUAUCACAACUUUAUUGUGACCGAUCAUCCUAGUUGGAACACAACAUUCAGUUGGGUCUUCGUCAUGAUGACUACCUUGUAGAUAGAGUUUUGGAUAGUGACAUCUUGACUACGGGUUUGUUCUUUGAAACUUAUCAACUGAAGACUUGGUGCUCACUCUAGACAAUAUACCGAUAGGCUUGUCUGUAUUCUUUUGAAUAUAUAGUCACAUUAUAAAGUAAAUGGGAAGAUCUGCAUGAGAGCCCAGAGAUCUUCUGGUCUGCAUAUUUUGUCACAUCCCUCCCACAAGCUCCAGCACUAUCACCGAUAGUAUCGUAGAGUUGUAGUGGUAACUAUCUGAGAGCUGGAACCCACAGGAAGCAUAUACAAGGUCUGUACCAAGCGAAGGUGCAGACCAGAAGUGCACACUAGGUAACAAUAACGUUGGUGAUGCUGCCAUCACAGGUGGGCUAGUUUGACACAAAAGUGCCACAUCUCAUUACUUUUCUAGUUCUGUAACAUUCUUCCAUUACCACCAGCCCAUUCUUUGUGAUCUUUAGCUCCAGGCACAAAAUUAUAAUUAUAAACUCUGUAGAACAGCUACUCAUUUUGCCUGCAUAAUUUCUUCAUAUGUUUCGGCACUGACUUAGAGAAGAAAAAGUAUAUACAGGUGGUCCUCAUUUAGCGACCUACCUGUUUUAUGACGGCUCGCACAUUUACGACCAGGCAUAAGUUUGAGCCGUCGUGGGGAUUCCCUGCUCUGGUGCGCAUGUCUAUGUUCAGGGAACCUUUCCCAAACAUAAACAAAAGCACCAGAGCAGGGAACCCCUCUAAUCUAUGUUAAGGGAAAUUUCCUCGAUCAUAGAUUAGAGGGGUUCCCUGCUCUGGUGCGUUCCCGAACAUAGAUGUUUUCCUGAACAUAGACUAACGCACCAGAACAGGGAAUCCCUUCACUUACCGACCAAUUCGUUCUACGACCAGGCCGUAGGAACGGAACCCGGUCGCUAAGUGAGGAUAUAUGUAUAUGUGUGUGUGUGUGUUUAUAUAUAUAUUAGAAUUUUAAAGCCUGUAGAUUUAUGUAGACUGAGCACAUGUAAUAAUCAAACGUUUAUAUAUUAUUCAAAGCUAGAUUUGUUUCUAUACAAAGUCAUUUUAUUAAUUAAAGAAGCAUUUAGUUGACAGAGUGGAUUAAAAGGAGCUGUUGCAUCAUUAAAAAGCAUCAACUUUUCAUUUUGAAGGGUUCUGCUGGCUUGUGUCUUGUUCAAGGAAAAGGAUGGGUUUUCUCUAAUAUUCAAAGCUGGCAAACAAGUGAAAUGUAACUAGCGAUACCAGCAGCCAAUUAAGAUCAAAGUCGAGAUUUGCGGUAGUAGCUUCAUCAUUUUAAUAUUAAACAUUUUUUCCUUUUACUUUGACACAGAUCAAGAGGUGUUAAUGUAGACUCUUUGAUACAAGUCAAGUAGUGUUUUUAACGUGACAGAACUGUUAUUUGUUCUUUCAAAAUCAAUUAGUAUCAUGCCCUGAAUUUCUCUACUUUCCUCCAGUGUUGAAUAUGAAGUAUCUGUUGCUUACAAAUAAGUUGAAAAGAAAAGAAAAAAAAAAAACAACACUGUGUGCUUUCAUGAUUAGAAGAUGAUGUUCUGGCGAGGAAGGCAGAGAGAUGCACUAGGUAACUAAGUACACAUUUAGGUAGAACAAAGCUUUUAAAUUUGUAUUUUACUCCCACAUAAUCUGAACAAAGCAUACAUAUGUGUUUGUUUGAUCAGGAAGCCAGAAGAUGCUUUAGUAGUAAAAUAAAAAAAUAAAAAUUAAUUUAAACUUAAAAAAUAGACAUAUUUUGUAAUCCGUAAAUAGACGAUGCUUUUAAGAAAGUUUACCUGGUUUGACUGUUCCUUGCUUACGCUUCACACUCUCUCUCUGUUGAUCUCUGUAGUAAAACAGUUUUAUUCAAUUUUAUAUUUAUUCUAGGCAAAGCUGAUUAGGUUUUGGUUAUGCAGCUUAUUGAAGUGUGCAGGUUACUAAGCCACUGAAUAUGUGUGUAUGAUGGUGUGUCUGUAAAACUAUUUUGCAUUUUCCCUAUAUAUACAUAUAUACAAAAAGUAGGAAAAUCUGCAGAAUCCAGCAGGAAUAUACAAGUAGAAAAAGGAUUUUAGAAUAUUUAUUUUUUAUUGACUGUCAGCAUUUCAUACUCACUAAAAAUCUUUUACCAGGAUGUUCGGUUUAGUGAAUCUGAAAUGUUGACAGACAAUAAAAUGUGUAUUAUGUAUAUAAUGUGUAUUUUCUUGGCAGAUUUGUUGUAUGGUGCAUAUGUAUUUAAAAAUCAAAUAAAAGGGGGGGUGGAGCCAGCAACAAACUGAAGCAGACGCACAUGAACUGAGCUCCGCCAACACAAGCCUGAAAAAUGCAAAUUUAUUGCCCAAAACUCACCAAUUUCGACUCAUAACGUGAUACCACGAGAUGGGAAAGAAAUCUAAGCACCAGGGAGCCGUGAAGCCAGCGGGGGCCCGCGACAUCAGAGGCCUUCUCCUCUGCCCCAUGAAGGCAGCGGGAAAACCCGCACCAAACUACAAUGGUGGCAGGAGAACAAGCACUGGACGAGCUGGAUGAGUUCCCCAGCACAGGGGGCUUACACAAUGCCUCCUCAGAUGAAGACAAAGAACUAACCUCUAUGAAGGGAGACAUCAAAGCUCUCCUCUGUAAUAUCCGCACACUGUUUGCAGUAGACGUGGCAGUACUGAGAGAAGAGAUACAUACUGUGGAAGGCCGGGUCAAAAAAACAGAGGAAGCAUCACAAGGCCUCACCGCUAGAUGCACGCAAUUAGAGGCCCAAAAUGCAGAGCUACAAUGCAGCCUGGCCCUACUCGCCGCCCACAUGGAUGCGGUGGAGGACCGAAACAGAAGCAGGAACAUAAAGAUCCGAGGGGUCCCUGAGUCAAUAUCCCAAGACAACCUGCCACAAUUCAUCGGGAGGCUCCUCACCUCCUUACUCACGCCGCGGCAGGCGAAAACAAUCGUAAUAGAUGGAAUGUACCGCAUCACGAGAGCGACCAAAACCCCAGCGGACAUCCCAAGGGAUUUUAUCCUGCAACUACAGACGAGAUCAGCCCAGCUGACCCUUAUGGCAGCGGUAAGGGGGAGGGAUACUUACCCCUUCGAUAAAGCCGAUCUGUCCAGACCCACUCUGAUAUGGAGAAGCCUCCUCAAACCCCUGACCACCGCACUCCGCCAGCACCCAAUACCACACCGCUGGGCAUCCCCCAGAAGCCUGAUUAUUACAAAAGGGGGCGCAGUAACACAGGUAACUGACCCCUCGGAAAUGGACACAGUAUUGACAGUGCUGGACCUGUCACUGCAACAGGAGCAUGCCACCCCAGCUCAGGGACCACAGACCCCACACACAUGGGACAUGGCGAACAUUUCACCCAGCAGGCCCCACCACCUCGUCCUCCACGGCCUACAAGGCACAAUGGGCAAACCGGCAACCUACAGGCACUUGAGACCCUGAGAGGGCAACAGGCGCCCAGGCUGAAAGGACUCCCAGACAUGAUUGCCGUUAAGUUACCACUUCUUUACCAACUUUUAGUUAUUUACUUUUUCGUUGGUUUGGCACCCAGACAGUUCUAUGGUCCCCUAGCCGCGACCUCACCACGGAAUCGGAGAGGGACAGGGACUAAUAGCGGACCCGCAUAGGCAACACACAAUUGUAAACCAAGACCACAGCCUGGGACUGGAGGGAAACCCAGUAUAACCCCUGGACUUAAGCUGCGAUGAUGAACCCCCACUUGUUCCCCGGAUGUGGGAACUGGCGGACAGUAAACAGAACGCUGACCAGCAAAGACCCCACUAAGCGGAAGACUCCACAAGUCCUGAUUAUAAUACCUGUUUCCAUGUGAUAUUGUUAUUGUUAUUAUUUUCCUUUAUGACCACUAUCUUUCACGUAUAACAUUCGCACUUGUACCUAGUGGGACCAAAGCUUGACAAAGGCCAUAUAAUACCAGUACCCCGUCACCCUCAUCGAAUAGAAAACUCACCCCCCACCCCCAGCAAGAGCAGAGCUUUUGACCUAACAUGCCAGCUAGCCACUCGAGACCCUGAGCCUCAUACCGGCCCUAUGCGAAACCUGAACCACCUAUGCUGCAUGUUUCUGCUGCUAAACAGGACCGCCCGUCUAUUUAUGCUCACUUACAGGCAUCCCAGACUCUCUUUUUAAAUGUUACCUUAAGCCUCUGUGCUCCAAACAUGCUCCUAGCAUAACCAGCCCCAAAAGCCUAGCCAGCAUCUCACAAAAGCAUUGUUCCCCCUCCUGCCCAGGUAUCAAAGACGCUAACGUCAGUGCCAAAAGAGGUCAGGACAGACAAGCUACUAUAUACAUAUACCUACUCAGUUUAUAUACAGUUACUAUGUUCAAAUCUGUGGUUACGCUACUUAAUUAAAAAAAAAGUUUAAGUUUAGCACUUCUUCUUAUAAUUUUUUAUAUAUAUGUUCCAUGUAAUUGUUUGUUCUUGAUAAUGCUCGCCACCGCUAUUGUGGCAUGGCAGGCAUGAAUGUCAUCUAUUGCAUGAAUAAAAUAAAGAAAAAAAAAAUCAAAUAAAAAUUGCUCUGUUUGUUGGGUGUACAAAUUUGGAAGAGAAAAAAAUUUAAGGAAAAUGAGUCAAACAAAUUGCAUAAAACAUGUAAAAGCUUUUUAGAGAUACACCACUAGUGAUGUCAGGUCCUAACUUGGACAAAAAUUCAACCAUUGUUUUUCUCAAGUGCAGCAAAAAUUAGGGAUGCACUGAAAUUGCAAUUCUGUGCUGAAACUAAAAAUUCAGGAUACCAUUGGCCAAAAACCGAUACCGAAAAUGACUUUUUUUACCCACAUGAUUUUAAAACAAUUUUUUUUCUAUAAUUUUAUUAAUACUAGCUUUUUUAAUGAGUUUAAUGAAUCUAAUAUGAAAAAUGUUCCUUCUCUUGUAGUGGUCCCCCUUACACCAGGGGCCUUUUCCCUCAUAGUGGCCUUUUCCCUCAUAGUGGUCGUAUCCCCCCUCCUCUGUCCCAUAGUGGUUCUAUCCCCCCUCCUCUGUCCCUUAGUGGUUAUAUCCCUGCUCCCCUGUCCCAUAGUGGUUAUAUCCCCACUCCCCUGCCCCAUAGUGAUUCUAUCCUCCCUCCCCUGCUCCAUAGUGGUUCUGUCCACCGUCCCUUGCCCCAUAGUGGUUCUAUCCCCCCUCCCUUGCCCCAUAGUGGUUCUAUCCCCCCUCCCCUGUCCCAUAGUGGUUCCAUCCCCCCUCCACUGUCCCAUAGUGGUUCUAUCCCACCUCCCCUGUCCCAUAGUGGUUCUAUCCCACCUCCCCUGUCCCAUAGUGGUUCUUCCCAUCUCCCCUGUCCCAUAGUGGUUCUUCCCUUCUGUCCCAAGUGCAGUAUUCUUGACUUUUCAUGUUCUCAUUACUAUCUUUCAUUGUGAUAUAUAAUAUAAUCAUCUGAAUUGUCAAUGCAAGCAUGUCUGUUAAACUAUGCAUUACAAAAAAAUAAAAUAUAUAAAAAAUAAAAUAAAAUAUUCGGCAACAUUGACCCGUUUUCGGACAAAGUUGGAUAGGCCCAUUUUCGGCUGAAAAUUUCAACAGCCGAAAUUUUGGUGCAUCCCUAGCAAAAAUUUAAUCCUUUCACUCAUUCAACAAACAAUGUAUAACUAUAAUUACUAGAUAAUAUCUUGUCAACAUUUAUAUUUAACACUCUGUUACCUGUACCCUAUUUUACCUGCCCUGUUGGCUUUUAGCUUGCAAGCUUGGCCUCUCAAAGCCUUCUGUAUCCAUUUGUUUCUGUCUGUCACACUAAAUUAUAUUUGGGGUUUUAAUCAGUCUAUCUAUCUAUCUAUCUAUCUUUGGCAUUUGUUGGAGUCAUAUAAAUAUUUUAAUGAAAUCAUGUAUUUUUAGAAACUUGUUUAGCAAGAACAGCUGCCAGAGUAGAAAUGUGUGUUUUGAUUUAUAUAAAAGCAUAAAUGUAAAACAAGUUAUAAAUCAAGUUAUUCCAGCAAUGCAGCAUUUAAGAGGUUAAUUUCUUGCAUACCUAGGUCUCAAUGACAUUCCGGUGGAGUUUUGCCCAUAUUGUUGAUUUAGUACUUGAUAAAUGCACACAGAUUACUCAAGUGGAGGCAAAAAAAAGAAAUCUGUUUCGCAAUCAAAAGAAUGUUUUAACAAAUAUUUUGCUUUACUGUGCAAUGCUAGCGUCAUGAGAAUUUUGCACAGAUUAAAAAGAAAUUGUCACUUCCCAAGAUUUGUUGUAUUUUGCUUACACUUCCCUAUAUUUAAUAAAUAUGUAUUUGUGAAGUGAAAAAAACAAAAUUAAAUGUAGAAAUAUACACCUCUUUAACCCCUUAAGGACACAUGACAUGUGUGACAUGUCAUGAUUCCCUUUUAUUCCAGAAGUUUGGUCCUUAAGGGGUUAAAUUCAACUGGUCGCCUCCAUCUUGGCUCCCUGUCACUCGUUCUAAGUUCUGUCAUUUGCACCUGCCAAUCAGCAUAGAUAAAGCAAACCGAGAAGAAGAGAAAUGAAACAAUGUUUCUAUUUCUUUUCACUUGCAGUGUUUGCCCUGGCUAUGCUUUGUCUGAACUGGAUUAUAAUGUCAUUUGCUAAAUCUUUAAUUUACAUGUUAAAGAAAGCAGAGCAUUUCAGGAAAAAGGUUAACACAAGUUAUAGUUGAUUAUAGGGUAGGCCUAGGUGUUUUAUUCAGUGGUAUAAAUUCUAGAGAAGUGACAGUUGCCCUUUAAGGUUCUAGUAAACCCUGCCAGAAACUAUUAUUGCAAAUUUAAUGCUCUCUACCUACUGUUUUCACAUAUUUAAAAUAGAUGGUUUCUAUAACAGUCAUGUCUUUGUAGAUGUGUGAUUUAUAUUCAGUGUCCUUUUUGUGGCUUAUAUAGAUUUUCAUUGUGCCCUUUGUGGCUUAUGGGGAUGUUAGAUUCUUGCAUCUAUUAUUAGUAAAGUAGUGUGUGGUUUGCAUAGGGUAAACAUUUUUCUUGAAGUGGUCUAACUUAACAGUAAAAGUAUUGGGAUUAAUAACUGAAUCCAUUUAAAUUGGAUUUCAGUCUCAUUUGACUGUCCAAAGAAGAGGAAUUAAAACGUUCAUCAUCACUGGUCAUCUUCUGCCUCUUAGUAGAAGAAUGAGUAGUUCGAGUUGUGCGAUGCCUUUUUUUUUCUUAAAAUGUUUACCUUCUGUUUGAGAUACAUUAUUUUAAUUGAGCAGCACAGUUAAAAGGCCCUUUUAAAACCUGUUUUUUUCUAUAUCUGAUAAAUACACCUUAUGGGAAGUUAACUAAACUGAGACUUCACAAGUAUUUAAAUUACCCAAAGAUCUGACUGACCCCUACUCAGGUGAUAUUCACAUUUAAUUCUCCUGGCUGAAAGGUAUACAUAUCAGCAGGAAAAUUUUCCUUUGUAUAUUUUUUGCCUUUCAGCAUGCGCCAUUUUUUCAUGGAUUAGUACACUUUAAAAAAAGAUAUAAAAAGUGCUCAGUAUUAGGAAAGUUGCAUUUAUUACAGAGCAUUUGUGAAUGAAACAUGUUCAUAAUACCAUUAUUAUGUCCUGAUGAAACAAAUAGCCAGGUGGAGAGGAUGGAGAAAGAGAAGCCAGGUGGAGAGGAUGGAGAAAGAGAAGACAAUAGUUGAUAAAGUAGCAGUUAUACAGUAGAAACCCAACAGACCUCAUAUACAGGUGCGUGGCUCUUUAGGUAGGCUGUCUGCUAAUUCCAAACACAUUGGUAUAGAAUGGGGAAGAUGUAUCACACAGAUUACCAAGAUGAUUACUUUAUCAUUUCAACUUUCUCCACAUUUUUUUUCUAUGAUGUUUUAGAGUCUGUGUAGUGGCGGUAAUAAGAUCUGCAGCUGUUGAGUAUUUUAUGAUAAAAUGUUUUAUGGGCUAUUUAAUUAUACUGGUAAACAUGUGGCUUUGCUAUCUAUUUCUUUUGGGUCCUACAGAUAGAGGCGUAAAAAGGAUCUGAGCAGGUUUCUUGGCCCCUAACUUCAAAUGGUGCCCUAAAUCACAUUCCUGUUUUUUUCUUUUGUUUUUUUUUUUUCUUCUGCAAAACAGUGUGUCUGGAUUUAUUCUGUAUAACACUUGCUUUUGUAGAAUUUCAAUUCAGAAUUAUGUGUGUUACUUUCAUAAAAAAGGCAUAUUGUAAAAAAAACACAGAAUGAGUGGUUUAGGGACACUCCAGAUACCAAAAUAACUUAAUCUAAAUUAUGUUGUUAUGGGGCCAGGAGGCCCUUGCAGGCACUCUUACCUGAAGGGCAUAACCCCUAAGUUUUCUCCAGCUCUCGUCUCAGCUCUCCUCACCCAACCCCCAGUGGCAUCUGGCAAAAUUUUUACUUACAGGAAGUACUAGUACCACUGAGCAGGGGCGCUGCUGAUUGAGUGAGAGUGAUCAGCUCACGCUUUCAGCCAAUCGGUGACUCCCCAUUCAAUAAACUGGCUUGCAAAGACAUGUAUCAAAGCAAAGCAAAUGUGGUACAAAUAAUUGUGUUCUAAUCAAUCUUAUUUCUUGGGUGCAUAUUUGUACAUAAUUAUUAAUCCAUUAAACUGCCAAUUUAUAAAGAAAAAAAAACUCCAAAUAGUUUCACUUAUUUAUCAUGCCUAACCUAUAUAUAAAGUGUAAUUACACUUUAAAUUCACUUCAUAGCUUUAAUUUAAAAUAAAGUUAAGUUAUUACAACUGUAUUAAUAAUACAUUUUAUAAUAAAGUCCUGCUUUUCUCCUCUCGGCACUUCCAGCAUAAUUCAGAACAAUGUGAAAUCGUUCUGCUUUGAAUACUCACUUUAUCAACUUAGAAACUUUCUGGGUAAUGAUUAAAAAUAAAGUAUUGCAUUGUUGGCUGUUACAUUUGUAAUCCGUAUAUUUCUGUUUGCAAACAUUGUUGUUCUAGUUUUGCAAAUAAUAGUAUAUAUGUAACUUAACAAACCAAUAUAUUAAUAAUCUAUUAAUGAAGACUGUGAAAAUAUAUAUUUUUUAAUACAUAAGUACUGAUAGGUGUUACAGGAGUGAUUGCCAAUAGUUCUGUAAUCCAGUUCUCAGAAAUUCUUUUUGAAUAAGUAGAAUUGAGACAUGGAUUUGUUUUACCGCAUUUUUGAUUUUUGUCCAGGAAAGAUAAUUGGCGUACUUAAAAAUGAGCACUUUUUAGAAGGGCAAACUUGUUCCAGCCACCAAACCAUUUUCCAACAGUAUGACACUUACCUGGAACUUCUGGCCAACCGCAGUCCUUCUGAUCAGAAGUGAUAUGCUAAAGCUUAAGUUAAUACAUUAACAUGACAACUUUGGACCAUAGUUAUUGACUCAUACCAAGGAACAUUUGAAAUGGACAAAUUAGGGACACUUUUUUAUGCGUGUUUAGUGGGGGUGUUGCCUGGGAAGGGGCUGUUCUGAUAAAUUUAAGGUGACAUUUUAAUGACAGUUUAUGGCACUUAAAUGUAAUUUUAAACCAGAACAAUGCAUCCUAUUUACACAGACUGAUUUUUAAAAGCGGCUCUUGUAGUUUAAAGACACAUUGCUGUAUUAUUGCUGGGGAGCUCCAUUAUACACUGAAAUCUACUAUAAUACAGAGCUCCUAGAAGAGAGGAUGUUGGGAUAGAAAAGAGAAUCAGUGGAAUUUGGGCACCAAAUAGAGACUGUCUUUCCUAAAAAGGGACACUUGGGGGAUGUAAUGACUAUCAGCUGACAUCUCUCAGCCAAUGAAUUAUGUACAAAGUUGGUAUUGUAAUGUGUAUCACUUUAGACCAGAAACAUCUGAAGGCACCCUAGGUACCGUCAAACCAUAAACAUUCUGAUAGGUUACCAUGGAAUGUUGUUAGAGGACUCCUGACACCACCAUCGCUACAGCACAGCAGUAGUUAUGUUGCUUCUGGUAUAACUUUAAGAUUUUCAGACUUGUAUUAUUAUACCUCAAAAUCCAGUUAUCACAAUACAAGUCUAAAUGAAGCAAAUGCAUUGACCGCAGGUGGUUAUGACUCCCAUGCCUUAUUUUAAUUCUGUUCAGAGGGAAGCCGUCGUGUUUACCUUUCUUCCUUUACCAAAUGUAUCUUUGAGUCAUGUGUUUCUAUAUGCUAAAAAACAGUUUACCAUAAUAAGAUGUGAUUAGCGUUGGUGCAUGUGUGCCAAACAAUAAGAGAAUGUUUUAGGUUUAGUACAGUAAUCUGCUGAAAGUGGAAAGCCCUCCACGUUUAACCCAGCAGAUGCAAAUGAUUGAUUUUGUCUUGAGAAGUAAAAUCAAAUCUAAAUAGCAUUUACGUUCUCUGCCACCACAACACUUGUCUUCUAGUUGUAGUCAGAACCACUGCCUUGUGCAUUGUAUCUGUAUUUGAUGUCUCACAUUUACUCAUUCAAAUCUCCUGUAUGCCGUAAAAAAAAAAAAAAUAUAUAUAUAUAUAUAUAUACUUUUAGUUAAUACAAUGCUAAACAAAAAUCUGCACACCAGUCAAGCCAUAAGACUUGCUUUUCCCACAGAAAUCCCAAAUCAGCAGUGAUGUUACAACCGCAAAGGAUUCUGGGUGGGCAUAUGCAAAUUAGUUUAACAAAGAAUCACAUUUUUUGUUAAACUAAUUUGCAUAUGCCCACCCAGAAUCCUUUGCGGUUGUAACAUCACUGCUGAUUUGGGAUUUCUGUGGGAAAAGCAAGUCUUAUGGCUUGACUGGUGUGCAGAUUUUUGUUUAGCAUUGUAUUAACUAUCCACAUACUUCAGGUGGAAGGGGUUUUCAAUCACAAUUUUUCCCCACCAUAACCUAUUUGGAUUUUGCUUCCUAUAUACUUUUAUAUAUUGUACUGAUUUUUUUUUCAUCACCGAACAAUAAUAUAUUUGCUAACUUGUUGCUCUGUCCAUAUAUCAUGUGAUUGCAAUGCACACGUGUGUUACUUAGAACAUACACACAGCUUUCCAUAUUAUCAUGACGCUUGAAUGUGUGUGCUCUUUAUAGUGUACUUGUUAGUGAAAGGAUCAAUAAUCAGUAUCCCUGUAUAAAAGCAUUCUGUGAAAAGAAAAUUGCACUAGUUGUUGUUAACUAGAAUCUAGAGCUUAAUAUGGCGAGUUGAUGAAGGGAAGUAAGAACGCUGGCUUCUAAAAGCUAAUAUGGCUUUGUCUAGUAGAUAUUGCCAAAAUUCAAUAGAAUACUUUUCAAGUAAAUCUAGCAUUUAAAAGUUAUAUAACACUGAGCCUGUUCGUUUUGUCUUUGUGUCUGAUUAUGUAUUUUGACGUUUUUACAAUCACUUUUAAUUAUUAUUUAACUUAAAAAUGAUUGCUACGUUUGUGUUGUAAUUUGUCUCCGUAUUAAAACUAUUUAAUAAUAUUCAGUCCACAUUUCAAUCAAGAAAUGGAACAGACAAAUUUGCAGCAAACAAUAUUUAACCUAGCAACUCGUGUAACAAGAAUUGCUAUUGUAGAUAACUCCACCGGCAAAUGACUGAUAAAUUAACGGUUCAAAUUGACAAGUGACAAGAAGUCUGAAAACAUCGUUUGUCUGCUUUCCGCUGCGAAGGUGAUAUCCGUGAAUUUCAAAUAAUGUCACUACCUGCUCUAAGAACUGUGAAAAUAACAGGUAGUAGCUCGAGAAAACGUGUAGUUUCACCAAAAUCCCUUCUUAUAACAGCGUUGAAACACACUGAGGUUCCGUUUCCCACUGUUACAUGCUUUCUUUAUACAGUGUGUCUGUGUUGCUAGCUUCAUAGCCAUUUGUAUUUAUUGGAGGGCAUACCUCAACAGGAGGGGAGGUUCAAAUAUGCACAUUAUGUGCUAUCCUCUAUCGUUAUUUGUAGUAUCUUUUGAAGAAUAAAACAAGUCAUUUGUUACAAUUUCACUGUGAGAAUUCCAAAACUGAUCACAGAAAAGUAUGUAUUCAGGCUUCAGCUGCCACUACAAUAAAAAUAAAAAAGACUUGGAUUUUUAAGCUCAGUUUAUUAUAAUUUUUUUUGUUUUUAGCUGACAAUAUUGCAUGCAAUAGGUCUGUAUUUAUGAGCAGUAAGUUAGAAUUUAUAUUUAGAAAAAAAAAUAGAUUGUACUCUAGUACGGCUUAGGUUCCAAAAAUAAAAUGUAACUUUUGUUGAUAAUUUUUUAAUAAAACUUUCAGCAGGGAAUAUCAGGAACAUGUGUGUGUGUGUGUGUGUGUGUAUAUAUGCUUAUCAAGAAAACAACUAGUGUACAUACACAUAUAUACAUGUAUAAGUGCAUACAUAUAUACACAUAUAAUACUAAGGUACUAGGUCAGAUAUAAUAGUGAGUGUUCAAUAUUUUUUUGCAUUAAACUGUACAGUCUGUUUUGUAGAUGUGUGUUAGCAUAUAUCUGUGUAUAUCAAAUGACAUCUUGUAGCUAAUCAUUCUUUUUUUGGGUUUGUGUUCAACAAAAUAGGAUAGAUGAGUCUAUUUUCACUAUAAUAGGACUGGAAAUGUAUAUUUUAAAAGCAUAUCCAGUCCUUGUUGGCAAAUCACCUGAUUGCCAUCUGCAGUCACAUAGUCAUAAAUGCGAGUGAGAUAAUUGAAAUGGCCGCGAUACUGCUCCAGAUCAUCACCAUGUCUCUACCAUAUAUUUUUUUUAGCAAAUUGUAAACUUGUAAAGAUAUGAAUUCUGUUGUGAGCCUGCUUUGUGGUACUUCCUGACAUUUGUACUUUUGCACUGAGAGAGGCAACCUUGAUCUUGAUUAAGUUUUUUAUUUUGUUAUUUUUUUUUUUUUUAUAACAAUUUUAACCAUUAUUUUACUAAAGGACCAGGCUAGGCACCAUAACAACUCUCUCUCCUUAAGGGUUUAAACUGUUCUUGAUUGGCUAAAUCCUAAAAGGUUGCCUCCAGUACCUAUCUCCAGGUCCCUCAAGUGGCAUUAGACUUCUGAAUAUGAGUUACAGGAAGCACGGAGUGCCGACAGGCGAGGAUGCCACUUAUUGGCUAGAGCAGUCGACUGCUUCUAUAAGCUAAUUUAUAAAAAAAAAAUAUGUAUGUACCAUUUAGCGGUUUAACCCCUUAAGGACCAAACUUCUGAAAUAAAAGGGAAUCAUGACAUGUCACACAUGCCAUGUGUCCUUAAGGGGUUGGAGUAAGAGAGCAUCUUGGUGCUCCCUGGCACCAUAACAAAGUGAUUUAGAUGCCAUUGUUAUGGUGACCAGAGUGUUACUUUAAGGUAAUUUGCUAUUGCUUUGUUUGCAAGUACAUGGCUGUUUUUUUUUUACCGUGUACAUUUAAUUUAACACACAUGAAGUUCUACUUAUCUCUCUGAUUGAUAUAUUUAUUUAGCCUCUUGAUUGACUGCUUUACUGGCAUUUUUGCUCCUCCUAUCGAGAGGCAAUAACAACUUACUCUAAUUACAUAUGUCUGAUCUAUAAACAUCUUUUGAUAUCUUCCUUUUCUGGGAACUAAAAAAAAUGCAAUGGCACCUACCAGACUGCAUCUGGCUUAUUAACCAAUUCAGUCCUCUAAAAGUCUAUAAAGAGGGCUGUAAUUACCACAGCCAUUCAUGUCAAACAAUUUGGCUGUAUUUAUAAUCAAUUUAAAGCUUAGAGACUGCCCUUCAUCACCGUAGUCAUUUUUAAUCUAACAUGUUGGAAUGGAAACAUUUUUAUUUAUAUAUGUUUAAGUAAUUAUAAGGAUUUGUACAUUCCUGAUGUACCGCUACAUGGUGUCUGUCACUCUUAAUUUUCCUGACAUACUUCGUAAUAAAUAAUCUUUGAACUUGCGAAAGACCUACUGUUAGGUUGAAACGUUGUUCACUCGCCUUGGGCACCUCAAAAAAUGUAAAUGCUUUUUCACCUAUUGAUGUAUGCUGGGCAUUUUUCUUUUUGGAUUCUACGUUAUAACAAAUGUCAAAAUAUAAAAUGUCCGGAUCCUGUAGAUGAACUCCCAGGACUGUCCAAAUGUGGGACCUGUUUCUUGGUGUCACAUGUAAUUUCUUAGUUAUUUUUUUUGGAAAUUUUAAUAUUACUUGUAUAAACAAAUCUUAUUAUGCAUAAAAACUUCUAAAAUAGCUCACUCUAGAAUAAAUUACAACUGUAGUUGACCUGUUGACUAACAACACCAUGUGCAUUCAGAUCAACCCUAACUAAUUUUAAGUCAUUAUCAGCUGCAUUCUCAAGUAUAAACAAAGUGGUCAAGAUGAGUAAGUAGCCACGCUUAUCCCAAAUUCGGUGCACGUUUCAAAGAAGAAUCACCUGUGCAGUACUACAUUAAAUGUAAUUCAGGAGACAUAAUUGUGUUUAAAAAAAACCAAAACAAAAAAAAAACCUUAAGAGUUAAAAUCUUUGUUUUAAUUUCUUAACCAGGCUGGUUGAUUUUGAAUAUUCAGGUCAGAUAUUGUUUGAAAGUGAGACUUUUUACAGGAAUUCGCUCCUGUUAAUAGCAUCCUAGUUUUUUUUUUUUUUUUCAUUUGUAGGUUAUGCAAUCCCCUUAAGGCUACAGAACGGUUGUUGAUUCCACAUAAGCAAAUAUGUGUUUCAAAGAUACUUAGUAAUAUGGAUAGGAAGCCUUUUGUAGGUUUUAAGGGAGAACAUAAUUGGAGAAAAAUGUUUUGUGCUUCUAAUUGUAAUAUUACAUAGAAUAAUGUAGUUUUUGUCAUUGCAAAUAAUGCUUUACCGUUUUAAUUGUAUUUCUCCUUGAUACUUGCCUGCUAACUGUGUAAAACAUUUGCUUCCUCUUCGCAAAAAACUGUGGCUAGAUUUAAUUGUAUAGUGUUGGCUCUGAAGAGUUUAUGCACAGGUCUUAGUCAGAGAUGUAGGGGAGAUAUAUCAAAGUGUUCUCCCCUAAACAUGCUCUAAAAUACUGAACGUGGAGUAAUUACCAUGGAAACAUAAGUAGACCCUAGAAAAUACAACCAAUUUAAUAUUGAUGCUGUUUUGUAUACCAAUGUAUUUUAAAAUUAAACUACACAAUAUUGUAUUGCAGCUAUGUAUUACCAAUUCUAUCCUCCAAUUUAUGUCCCAAAGGAGGAUACAAAUGGUGAUUUUAAUCAUCUGUCCAAUCAAACCAUUUGUAAAAAAAAUCGUCAGUUAAAUAAAAAAAAGAUAAAACUGAUAGUCAGGAAUGUGGUAAAUAAAGAUGCCACAGACAUUAAGCACUGUGGCAUAUAUGUAUGGUGGCAAUAAGGGGUUAAGCUGUCCUGUUGGUACAGUUAGUGAAAGUUCAUGACCCUGGUUAGGUUGUUGGGCAGAGUAGGACAAGUAGCUGGGCAGAUUUGGUGACACAGCUGUUGCUGGGGACCAGAGCUGGCUGGGGAUUGGUUGAUGGACGCGAGCGAGCAAGAGAGCGGGAAGCCAGAUAAGGAUAAAAAUGGUAGCACGAGCGCAAUUCCUGUCAGCUGUCUUUCUAGACAGGAGAAGCACGGACGGACCCCAGCCCUCCCUCCCCUAAUUUUCUUUAUAAUUAAUGUUGUGGUGUGGAAAGCAUGGGGGCAAAGUCAUCCUCAGGUUCAGGUUCUGAAGAAGGAUGUGUGUUAAAUGGUUGUAUUUAAAAGGCGGUCAGGUUAGCUAUGACUGACUGGCAAUUAAGUGAUGGUGAAAGUUAAAAUUUUGGAAGUAAAGUGAAAAGUUUAUGUAAAUAUGUUACUGUUAUCAAGUUAUGGUGGUAUGCCCCUUUUAAGCUUUAAAUAAACACCACAGCCAAGCCCAUUAAAAUAUAAAUAAACUGUGUCUGUGUUUAUUGUGUGGUCCAAGUUAUUAAUGCAAAAUAUUGCCUGCCAUACUUAUAGUGCAGCAAGUGAGUAUUUGACCAUUUUUGCAAAACCAUAGUCUAUUCAGUUUAUCCAAUACCUGUUAAUAUGUAUUUUUUAUGUACAUAGCUCGUACACAGUGCAGAUAAUACCAUUUCUCUUACUUGACCAGUGGGCCACGAGUUGAUAUUUCUCUUACUCAGCCAGUGGGCCACUAGUUGAAAUAAAUUCCUCGCUGACCCCUAGAGUCUCAUUAGUGAGAAUGCGUUUGAAAGAUCUAUUUUAAUUGUAAUUCAUGUCUUGAAAUAGAAUUCUUUAAACUGGGGGGGAAAAAGUUUAUACUAUAGAAAUAUUGUUGCUUUUCAUAAUUGUUAUGAUGUUCACCUUCCUAUCUCACCACUCGAGGGAAGCUUUCCCUUGAGAAACCUUUCCUGAGCUACUUGUCUCCGGUGGGAUGUUGAAAGGUAAUUGGGAGACAUAUUCUAACUUCUCAAACUUCUACAAAAAGAGUCCUAACCAUAGAUGUCAGAACUAUCAGAGUUGGGCUAGGCAGUGGUGGAACUAUACCGUAAGUUAUGAAGUCAGAGAUGCAGUUUUUUUUUCAUCCAUGUUUUAUUUUCCCUUUUUAUAAAUUGUAAUGUGGUUGUUUACUAAUCUGAGAAUUGUCAUGAAUUCAAAGUUCAUUUUUAAUUUAAGGCUAAAGUAGUCCUGUCUGCCUCACUUUAUGGCUGUACACCCAGUCAUUAUGUAGGUGAAAGUGUCACUGAAGAGAAGGUUCAAGACACACAAAUUUAAUAACCAAAUAAAACACUAAAAACUCGAAUACAGCUUAAAAAAAACGUGUUUAGCAUAGCUGAUACGAAAACGUAUACAAAUUCUGAACAACAACAAUGGACUCCAAAUGAUAUUUCCUACCUAUUACAAAUACACAUUUAAAGAGAUGCAGGAACCUCAAAUGUCUUUCCAUAAAUUAGUUUGAAACAACAAAGCCAAAGGAUUUAUGUUAUUUUCAUGUGACAAACUAUAGUAAAUUUUAGAUGGAAUUCACUUUAAAGUAUAUUAGUGUUUCAGUGUGGAGGUGGCCAUUCUUGAUUUGUAUCACAAUUUUCAAACUCUUAGUAAAAGUUACCGUUUUAAAAAAACAACAACAUUUGAUGUAUACAGCCAACCAAAUUCUGUGAUUUUCAGAGGAGCUCCCAGCUUUCUUUUGUACAGAAAGAAUGAAAUUGCUCUUUGAACUCCUGAUUAUUUUCUGCUGGAAAUCUUUUGAUUGAUUUUUGGAAAGACUGCUAAGCAGAUUUAAAAAUGAUCAGCGCAUUGUAUAGACAGUUUAUAAAAUGCUAUAUGAUGCUGAAUAGACCAUUUCUGAUGUCACAGCCACUUUAAUUAUUUAGUGGGAAUAGACUGACUUGCUCAGUUAUUUUCUUAAUUUUACAGAAGUAUUUGGCAGUCAUGGAAGUAACUUCUCUGUAUAAUUAUGUUUGUCAUUCUUAUCUCCAGUAUACCCCCAAAGGCUGUCAUAUCUCUUCCAACACUGUUUAUGCCAGCCAGCAGAUGCAUGUUCACCAACCCAUCCAAAGCACUGUCAUUCACACAUUUGCCCAUAUUAUUAUUAUUAUUAUUAUUAUUAUUAAAUAUCUUCUUUUUUUUUUUUUUCAUUUCUACUAAGAAAUAAGACAAUGGCAAAAGAGUUCAGGACAGCAAUACUUAAAAUGUAUUCUCAAUAUUACCUAAGGAGGUCUUAAUACACAUCAAUUAACUGAUACGAUCAGUAAGAUGCCCUCAUUUUUCUAAUUAAUUCAGAUUUUCUCAGCCCCCUUCAAAGUGGUGAUCUUGCAUUUCAUUAUGGAGAAAACAACAUUUAUUUAGCAGUUUUGCAUAUUUAUAAGUUUAUAAAUACAAGCUGGGCAUUUGCAACAAUACUGUCACUUGGCUCUACCGUACACAUUAAAAGGUACAAUAUUAUCUAUGCCUAUUAAUACUUUUAAGGAGAACAGUUUGUGAGAUAUAGGAUAACAACAUUCCUUUUAUAGCUAUUAAGGGCAGGAAUGGACAAAUUUGCCACAAGUCUUGAGCUGUUGGACAGCAGGAAGGAUUAAAAAGGACAGGCACGAAUUGGUAUGCAAUGGAUCACCAGCCCAUUUCAAAUAUUGGCUAGUUAGAAUGGCGCCCUUGGUAAGACUACAGGAUACAUUGCAAUACAGUUUAAGUAUGUCCUCUGUGCAUGUGUGUAAUUGAGGGGAUUGUGCAUUUUGGAUAAUGCUGUUUGCUUGGAAUAUAAAUUCCUGUAGCUGUAAAUAGAUGACCCUUGGACGCUGCUCCAAUGUCUGAGGAAUUCUGUCUGACAGACGUUGAGGGACUGUCUGUUAAUCCUGUAAACUUGCUUCAUUACAAACUUCUUUGUAUCUGUUAAAUUGCCUUUACAUUACUGGACAUCCUGGUCAAUCACCUAAUUAGACAGGAUACCUUUUAAUUUAAGACCAUGAAUUACUCCUGAGCUCCUGGUCAAUGCUAUUAGACUCUCAUUUGGAAUGUCAAGCCUGUACCGGUGUAUAAUGGAUUCCUGAAAACCCUGUGUUGAGUUUCUUUAAGCACUUACUUACUUUACAGCAAGUAUGUAAUCCUUUUACAAAAAUAUUGUUUCUGUUCGUUUUAACUUUUUUAGCAUUACUUUUUUACUUGCUUUCUCUAAAAAUUGUGUAUUUUGUCUGCAUGGUGCAAAAAUAUGUUUCAGUGUCCAUCACUUAAACAGAUUCUCCGUUGUGCCAGUGGGUUUUGCAGAAAUAGGAUUCUGGGUAAUACUAGGUGCUUUCUGAUAGCCACGGUUCUCAUGCAGCGCUCACAUUUUGCAAUAUUCUAUCAAAUAUUGUAAAUCCGCAUGCCCGCUGACCCACAAACGCAAACAACUUUUAUUGGCAUUAAAGUAUUUGACAGGUUCAAAGUUCUGUUUAGUUUCUUUCGUUUUACCAAACUGUCUCUAUAAACCUGUUAAUAGAGUCACGUUUAUAUUAAAGGAGCACGUUAGUGUUAGGAAUACAAAGCUGUAUUCCUAGCACUAUAAUGCCCCUCUGUCCCUCGUGACAAUUAAAGAGUUAAAAACCCUUUAAACACUCACCUUUUUCCAGAAACGAAGUCCCUUGGUGAAGAUGUUGGAGGCAUGCAUUAGGCCUUCUCCAUUGGAAAGCAUUGAAUAAGUGCUUUCCUGUGGGGAUUUUGAAGACUCUGGACAUCCUCGUGCAAAGCGUGAGGACGUCCAACAUAGUUUUGACAUUGAACAUCAUUUAAACUCUGUGAAACAGCAGGAAAUGGCAAUCUGGUAGACUGGCACUAGAGGCAGUCUUAACUCUGCAAUCAAUAUAAACAUUGUAGUUUCUCUAAAACUGCAGUGUUUUGCAUUGCAGGGUUAAGGGGGCAGGGGUAGUGCACCCACACCACAUUAAUGAGAUGAACUGUUGUGGGUGUCUAUAGUGUCCCUUUAAGCUGUAAAGACUGGCACAAGAUCAUUAAAGAGCCACCUUCAAUGCCACUUUUCCAUGUACAAUAGUGAGCUGUUCGCCCCUCUGGUCUAUCAAAUUUUAGUCCUACGGAAUCUGUUGGCGCUAUAUAAAUCGCAAUAAUAAUAAUAAAUAAUAGUCCAGGCAUUUUUAAAAAUAAAGUGUUAUUCAACCAAUAACCAAGUCAUGUGUUUGUCUUUUUAUCUCUGUCUGCCAAUUUAUGGAGGCUUAUUCACACAUUGGUUAUUUAGAUUGUAAUCUCUAAAUGAGCUAUGAACCUUUUUUUUUUAGACAUAUUCCUCCUCUUAUAUUGCUUGCACUUUCUGUGUCAUUGUUAUGUCAACUAUAAAGUGUUAAAAGCACCUGUUAUCACUAUAUAAAUAAAUAUGCAUGUAGAUACAACAAUUAAAGGUGCUGAAUGAAACUAAUGCGAAAUCAGAAGCUGUGGCCUAUAGCUUGACAUCAAGGAGGUGGGAAUGGGUGUCAAUGUACGCGUGGAAUUCAGGCUCUGCCUUCCUGAGGCAAUAAUAAUAUUUAAAAAUGUACAGCGUCGUUUUUAUUUUUGUAAGGGAUAAGCUGCAAUAGUUAUGGCAAGACAUUUUCAUUUUUACAAGUAUACUAGUUCUAUAUUAUUAUACUAGUUUGUCACAGCAUAAAUUCCCCAGAAAUGGCAUCUUUUUAUCCAAAAUAGAACCGUCAAUAAAUAAAUUUGAGAAUGUUUCCGGUACGCUGUAAUGAUUCACAGUUUCACAGCAACACAGAUACUUCUAUUCAGUUCCUGACAAUUCCUGGUUUACUAACAAUAUAAAAAUGUAAUUUUCUAGACCCACUUUAAAAAAUGGACAAAAAUCUAUGCCAUACACAAGUUAAUGUUUUAAGUACUAUCCUGUUUUUUACAUUUCUCAUAUUGAAAGGAAAAAGUGCCAGAACGUCUGUAGAUCAGAAUCACCCAUCAUUGGCAGUGUUCAGUUUUACAAUGCUAAAUUACAUCAUCUCCAUUAGAUCAUCGUCGUAUUGUUUGGCCAUUUGCAAAUCAUUGCCGAGAGGAAGAACCAGUUUCAACACUGGGGUUUUGGUAUAAAAGAGCAAUUCUGAAUCGAAAAGGAUAAUUUAGAGAGAGCAUUUCUGGGGCAAAGUUCUAAAACAUGGAGUAGUUGCCAUGGUAAGAAAUUUAUGGCUGUUGAUGAUUUCUCCACUUUUAAACCUUUCCAUAUAAUUAAAUGAGAGUUCUCAAAGUUCUAAAGGUUUGGCAAUCGGCAAAAACAUUCCAUUGGUAUCCAUGGAGCUUGCUCUACUUACAGAAUUAUGCAACAGAAUUGUUACCAAUCGAAAAACUCACCAGAGGUUUUUUUAAUUUUUUUUUUUAACAGAAACUAAAUACUAACCAGCUAGCAGUCGUUGACUUCUAAGUUCUUAGCAGUUAUUGAAGUACAAGUCAAACCAUGCUCAUCUGAGCACAAUUAAUUAGAUUCCUUACCUAUCUGGAUGUUGGAAUUGAUCUCCGAAAUACAGAAAUAGUUUUUGUACUUCUCCAAGAAGAGAACAUUUAAUAGAAAUAAUAAUUUUAAAAAAUUGCAUAACGGCUGCUGUGACUGCAACAGCUAAUUUCUCUGUAUAUGUUUUAUUCUGACGAGCAAUCCAUUUCCAUGAGCAUCUGAGCAAUAAGUUACUUGGUAAAUUGCAAAUAAUGUCUAUUCUUUUGUAGGUAAAAACAGUUCUCCAAAGGAAGUGUAACCCAUUUCAUGCAUCAUGGGGCCCUGCAUAUUUCAUGUCUACACCAUGCUGGUAACAAUAACGUUGACAUCUGCCAUCAGUUUUCCAGAAGACGACGAACCUAUCAAUAUCGUAGACUAUCAUUGUAAGUUACCCAACUAUGGUAUUUUCAAGACACAUGUAAAACAUGAUGGCAAAUUCUAUUCUUAAAGUGCCGUGCUAUGCUAAAGUAUCUUUAAUGGUUAAAAUUUACAGGUUUCCUUUUACCGCAUUUACACAUUUUAAUUAAAACUAUUUAUUCCUGCAUGAAGCAGGAUCAAUACACUACAACAAAUGCAAAUGGGGUUAUAUUUAAAGAGGUGACAUUUUAAAUGUGGAACAAUCACCAUGGAAACCAAAAUAAUGGCCACGUUAACUGCUCCACUUUUAAAGGGAAACUAUUGUCACCAAAACAACUUUAGCUUUAUGAAACCGUUUUGGUGUACAAAUCAUGUCCCUGCACUCUCGCUGCUAAGUUCUCUGCCAUUUAGGAGUUAAAUCACUUUGUUUUUGAACCCUAGUCACACCUUCCUGCAUGUGACUUCCACAGCCUUCCAUAAACAAUUCCCGUAAAGAGCCAUCUAAUGUUUAUCCUUCCUUUAUGGCAAGUUCUGUUAAAUUCAGAUGUUCUUAUCCCCUGCCCUGUUAAUAGCCUGCUAGACCCUACAAGAGCCUCCUGUAUGUGAUUAAAGUUCAAUUUACAGAGAAAUAAAUACAAUUGUUUAAGGUAAAUUACAUCUGAUUGAAAGUGAAACCAGUUUUUUUUCAUGCAGCCUGUGUCAAUCAGAGCCAGGGGAGGUGUGGCAAGGGCUGCAUAAACAGAAACAAAGUGAUUUAACUCCUAAAUGGCAGUGAAUUGAGCAGUGAAACCUGAGAGGCAUGAUCUAUACACUAAAACUGCUUGGUUAAGCUAAAGUUGUUUAGGUGACUAUAGUGUUCCUUUAAGCUUUGCCCCACGGCUGCCCUUUAUACAUUAGCCCUUCUGGAAAAAUAUAUGCUUCAGCAAUUUACUACAACUUCUUAGUUAUGGGUGAGAGUUGAAAUCACGUCAACUGCAAAAUAGUAGCAUCUGUCCCUAGUUCCUAGCUCCAAAAAUAUGUUGUUUUGCUUAAGUAAAUGCAGUCACAGGAAAUAUUUUACUACAGAUAUUUGUUUUGACUCUUAUCUAUGUAGAGAUGUAACGAGAUUAAAUUACAUGUAUCUCCAGUAAACUGAUUUUACGUGCACAAUACGAUGGUGAUCAUUCACUGUCCACUUGGGACAUGCCAGAUCUACAAUCAUUUUUAGUUGUACUUAUUUUGAUUCAAUUUCCUUAAUAUAGGAUUUACCAGCUGUUUUAGAAUGGCAUCACCCAUGAAUCCUAUCCUAGCCACCGGAACACUGGCAAACCAAGAUAGGAGUCAUUGUUCAAAAACAGCUGGAGAGCUUUUGAUCACUAUCCCUAGUUUAGCUUGCCAGCUGCCAAUCACUACUUUUUAAUAUGUAAUUGUUAUUGGUACAAAUAUUCUAUUACACUCCCACUGUUUGUAUAAUCUACUUUUAGUGUUACAUGCAAGUGUGCUUUACAGCGAUAAGAAAGUGGUCUUCUUAAAGACCACACAUAACUUGAAAGGGUUAGCAAGUCAUUUGCUGACAUUGGCCAUAUUGUAUUCAUUUAUAUUCAAGGCAUUGCAAUAGGGAUUUAGCCUAAACCCUUCUACACCUGGUAUAUACAGCUAAUCAAUGCUGUAUAUUGAUUCUUUAGCUCUGUAAUCCAGAGUGAUGGCAUAUCCUAUUUUAACUUGCAGAUUCCAGGCAAUAUCCAGUAUUUAGAGGACGCCCUUCAGGCAAUGAAUCUCAGCACAGCCUGGACUUUCAACUGAUGCUAAAAAUUCGAGACAUACUUUAUGUUGCUGGAAGGUAAUUUUUUCUUUAAUCUGUUUAUUUGAAUUGAACUCAUUUUCUUGUUCUCUUUCUGGUAAGAUGAACAAUGCAUUAAAACAACAACUUGUGGAAAGGCUUCUAUGUAGGAAAUGAAAACCGUGCUGCUUGUAUUUUUUUAUUAUUUUUUUUUAGUUUUUUGGUUGGUUUGUUUGUCUUUGUCUGUGUUUGAAUGCAAAGUAGUAGGCCGCUUAUGUAUCUGUUUUCUUGCAAAUCUCAAGAUUAAGUAACAUAGCUCAUCCACAAUAUCUCUACAGUAAUGCAUGAUGAUUACUGUCGCCUUGAAAAGACCUUACAGUCUUAAGAAAUAUGAUUAAAGAAUCUCAAUGCAAACAGAUACAGCCGCAAACCAAAGACAUGCACAGUCUUUAAAGCACUAGGAAAAAAGGUUAGAUUGAAAAACAUAAAUAUAUAUAUAUAUAUAUAUAUAUAUAUAUAUAUAUAUACCGAAACCUGGGAAAGUGAUACUCUUACAAUAAAUCAGGGAACAUGUAAGUCGUCGUAGUAACCUUCUUUAUACAGACAAAAGAAAUUCACGGCUGCAAAACUUGUGCCUUGUCUGACAAGGGCCUUGCAAAUAGAUUUGUCACGCUACGCAUGAAUACAUUUAAAUCCAGCAUUUUUCUCCAUAUCCUGAAAUAGCGUCUUUGUUUAUCUCAAAUAGAGAUCAAGUUUAUGCCGUAAAUUUAAAUGAGGUCCCGAAGACAGAAAUAACGCCAAGUAGGGUAAGUCAAAGAACUUGUUUAAUAUUUUGUAUUUAAUGGUCAGUAAUUCCUAAGUUUGUUGUAUGCAUAGCUUUGUCAUUUAUUGGGCUGUAGUAAAAGUCUGGAACGGCCCCAUUAUGCAGUGUCUUUACCCUUUUAAAAUGAAUAGAACUAUAGACUUAAAAAUUAGUCUUGAGAUGGAUUGUAUAUUUGCCGUGAUAUAGUUCAACAUUCUUUCUCAAACUCUUGGACAAAUGGAUUACAUAUAUGCAGCCAAGGUGGCCAAAAGUUAAUUUCCUCUCGAGCAUCAUGGGUGCUGUUGUUCUGCAAAAGCUUGAGAUCCCGUUUAUAUGAUGACCGCUGCUUUUUAGACUUAAAGGAUCACUAUAGGGUCAGGAACACAAACAUGUAUUCCUGAUCCUAUAGUGUUAACACCACCAUCAAGCCCCCCUGGGCCCCUCAUGCCUCCAUAAAUAUAGGAAAAUCUUACUGUAUUCAAGCCUGAAGCUGUAAAUCUGCAUGCUGUUUGCCUCAGAAAAACAAGUUGUCUGCUGACAUCAUCAGAAGUGGUAGCCUGAUCCAAUCACAAUGCUUCCCCAUAGCAUUGGCUGAGACUGACAAAGAGGCAGAUCAGGGGCAGAGCCAGCAUGAUUCAAACACAGCCCUGGCAAAUCAGCAUCACCUCAUAGAGAUGAAUUGAAUAAAUGAAUCUCUAUGAGGAAAGUUCAGUGUCUGCAGGCAGAGGGAGGAGAUACUGAAUGUUUGGAUGCAUUUUAGGCAGCCAUGACCCAGGAAGGAUCUCUAACAGCCAUCGGAGGAGUGGCCAGUGAAGUUAUCACUAGGCUGUAAUGUAAACACUGCAUUUUCUCUGAAAAGACAGUGUUUACAGCAAAAAGCCUGAAGGUAAUGAUUCUACUCACCAGAACAAAUUCAAUAAGCUGUAGUUGGUCUGGUGACUAUAGUGACCCUUUAAGUCUCUUGUAGUGAUUAUUGUACUUAGACUUCCCCUCUAACCACUCUAAAGUUAGUCUGCUUGUAAGAAUUUUACAUUCUCAUUUAUAUGAAAAAGUUUUAUACAUAAAAAAAAUAUAGAAUAUUGAUGUCUUUAGUCUUUAAAGAUAAAAAAGAGGGGGAGAGUGGAGUCACGUGACAAAAAAUAAAUAUAUAUUUUUUUUUUCAUUCUGUCAGAGGUUGACAUGGAGAUCAGGACAAGCAGACAGAAAGAAUUGUGCGAUGAAAGGGAAACACAAGGUGAGGAUCUACAGGCCAAGCCUCUUGCAAGCUGACUUCAAAAGAUUGACUUUAUAGAGACUAGCAUCAAAUUUCCAAUGUCUUGUGUUUUUUUUUCUCUUCUCUUUAGGAUGAAUGCCAUAACUACAUCAAGGUUUUUGUUCCAAGGAACGAUGAAAUGGUCUUUGUCUGUGGCACAAACGCAUUUAACCCAAUGUGCAGAUACUAUAGGGUAAGCAUAAAAAUUUAGUUUAUUAUCUACAUUUGUGAUCCUUUUCUCCUACAGGUUAUUCAUGCAGUAUGUAUAGCAUUUAUUAAAUGUAGAUUUAAUUUUACAAAACGCAAAAUUUGUUAUCCUUGAAAAUUUAAAAUUCUAUCAUUUCAAAGAAAAGGUAUUCAAAGAAAAUGGUACAAAAACAUGUUCCUAUUGAUAUUUAAAUGUAAUAAUUAUGUAUUUAGCACAUUUCAACAUUUAAAUGUCCAGGAGUAGAGCAUGGUUUAAUAGCCACCUUCAAGGGUUAAAGGGACAUAACAGGCAGGACCAUCCAUGAUAAAAUAAACAAUAUUAAUUAUCUUAUAGUGUUAAGAAGUGGAGCAAUGUUAGAGCUAAAGGACAAAACCCCUUUCCCACAUGCAAUCAAGUGAUAAAAAAAUAAAUUUAUACUUAUAUUGCUUGUUGCUUAAUAUCCCAAUUCAAGCUCAGCAUAUAUGGGAAAAAAUAUAUGAAAAGGAUCAUAGAACAGAUCUGCAUGGAUCAGUGAAUAUUAUUGAAUUCUAUAAACAUUGAAUUAAAUCAGCUUAAUUAGCUGUAAAAUAUUCCAAGGCUAUAGCACUUUAAAGUCCAAAUCUGCAGCUGCCAGACCACUCUCUGGUCACGUAGAAAAUCCUCUAAUCUAGAGCCACUUAUUCUGAUAUUUGGAUUUUUCUUAUUCCAUAAACCUCUGCGCACCCGGAAUUUUAGGAUAUAUAGUGUAUCCAUCACCCACAGCUCCACUACUCACACAAUAUAUGCGGAACUGCUCAGUGAGCUGAUACUUGUUGUACCAUGGCUGUUAUCAGCCUAGUUUGCAGUUUAGUGAAACAAAUUGUGCACAGCGAUUUGGCGAGCCAGUGACUGCCCUCCUCUCACGCUCUUUGCAGGCUAGGAGAGAGUUGUCCGUUGUAGUUGGACAAAUUUUGGAUGCAAUGGAGGAUGCAAACAUUCCUCCUUUAAUAUCUGAUAGCUGGAGCCAGGCUACAUUUGCUACAGCAAUUAUAUUGCAAAUCACUGUAAAUAUAAGCCACUCUUGUAGGGUGAUUGGUUGCUGGGAACUCACUGUAUCAUUGUAAAGGUUACGAUGCAGAGUUGUUAUUCUGAUGAGACUGAUCGUUUAAUCUUUUUUUAAAUGUUUUUUUUUUUUUUAGUUCCUCUGGUACACUGAUAUAAAGUAAUGCUUUUUGUUUAUCUUUGUUUUAAUCAGAGAACCCCAUUCCCUAACAAGCUUUGUCAUAUUUGAGAAAAAAAAAUGAAUUCCCAUACUUUUUAUUGACUCUAAAGUACAUUUUUAACAGUCAGCUCAGUGGCACAUUCACACUUAACAACAGCAUUCCAUGGCCUUGUCUGACAAAAAAGCCCAUUAUUGUUAUUAUAUAGCAUAUAAUAGGACAUGCAGUGAAAAAAAAAAAAAGUAUAACAUGCCAUUCUAAUGAUAUGAAUUGGAUCUGAUAUCAAACCCUUUUUCUUUACUCUCUGAAGCUCAGCACUUUAGAAUACGAUGGGGAAGAAAUUAGUGGCUUGGCAAGAUGCCCGUUUGAUGCCAGACAAACAAAUGUUGCCCUCUUUGCUGGUAGGUACAUUUACUUUAGUUCUGUUUUAAUGUACAUGACUAAUUGGUUAGAAUUGGCAGAAGAACAUGUGUUUAUUAUUUUUAUACUACACUAUGUUAGAGCAAGCCUGUCAGACUAUUACUGCCAUGGAAAAAAAAAUAACAGUACAGUAUCGUAGUCACUAAGUAGACAACUUUUGUAGUGUAUUUUGCUAUCUAUGAGUUUGACGACUUGACAUUUUUAGUUUUUGGAAUUAGUUAUUUAUUAUUGCAAGUCUCGUGAAUAAGUUCGGAAAAUAUCAGUUGUGUUCGAAAGUUAGUAGGCUACAUGUAAUUCCUACUGACCUCACGUAGCAGACAGCAGUUCCUGCAUUAAAAAUGAACAUUUUUGGAAUACUCGUUGGAUUGCUUGUCUAGGGCAAGAGAACAGUUAAAAGUGAACUUGCAGCAUCUGCUAACUGUGUAUUAUACUAUUCUUAUUUUCUGUGUGUGCCGCCUAGCUGAAUUAUGAUUGACAGCGCUUUACAGGAAAUAUUUCUAUGGUUCAUAAAUUGAGUUGCUUAUCAUACCCUAAAUCACAAAAAACUUCACAAUAAACCAUAGGCUAUAUUGCAACUUGCGUAAAUAAUAAAGUUCCCUAAAAAAGUUUAACAUGUUUCCUAGUACAAUAUUUGAAUCUGUAUAUAUGAAUUUAAAUCUUAUCCGAUAAAUGCAGAGAUUUCCUGGUGACAAAUGGUUUUAUACCGAGUGCAUUUAUUAAUUUUUUUUUUUUUUUGUAAGAUAUCUCUGUUAGGCUUGUCUUGUAUACUAGAUAAUGUGUAUUAUGCCUUAUAUUAUUAUUCCAAUCUUACUAUAAAGAUGCUCCUAAACAGUUAUCUUCUCACUUUUAAAGGGUAGUAAGUUUGUCCUUUUCAUAAUGAAAUGUUUUGUUGAUGUUUCUAUGUUUAACCUUUCUAAUAAAGAAUUCUGUUUUCAGUGGAUUUAAUUGUGCUUAGACUGUGAUCAAUUCAGUUUUCAGAUGGGUAGACUGGGAUCCGUGAUUGUGAUUGCAGAUUGUGUUGUGUUAUGUAGGUUGCGAUCAAUGUGAUUUUUCUAAGGAUUGCAGAAGGCAUUGGUCACCAUCAGCAUGAAUCCUAAAUGUGCACGUUAUGAUUCACAUGCUUAGUUAAGAUUAGCCUGAUUUACUGGAUCUGUGGUUUAUGAUCAACGUGAUUUAAAGUUUCUAGGUCAUGAUCACAGUGCAGAGUGUUUUAUCUGGAUCUGUAGUUUAUGAUCAUAAUGAUUCCUAGAUGUGUAGUUUAUGGUGAGUGUAAUUUUGCACAGACACAGCUUAUGAUUAAUGUAAUAUUGCAGAUGAAAAGGCAAUAAGUGUGUUUUCUCAAAAAAACUGACAUGUCACCCUGGCAUAAGUGCACUCCAGGUGCCUAUCAAUCAGUAUAAAUUUUGUCAAAUAACAAUUUUAGUCAAAUUUUAGUUGACUAAAAUAUUUGAGAUUUAGUCGACUAAAACUAAAAUGGCUUUUUAGGCAAAAGUCUAUGACUAAAACUAAAUUGAAAUUUACAGUCAAAAUUAACACUGCUGUCAAUCAUCUAGACUAGCCCUCUUGAAGCAAACCAUGCAGAGAAUGCUGGUACAAUGCUCUCUAAAGGGUCCUAGUGCCCUUAGUGUAGCAUGAGUGAGACUAAUGAUGCGCUUACACUACCUUUUUUGGGGACAGUUCCCUGUUGUCCUCAAAAGCAUUACACCAAGGAACAAACCCAGGAAGCUGGGAUCAGACCUUAAAAUCUGGACUGUUCUGCUGAAAUCAUUAUGAUUGGGAUGCCUACAUUUAGGUAGUGCAUGUUACGGUCAGUGUGAUCUCUGGCAUGUGCAAGUUAUGAUCAGUGUGACUUGCUGGAUGGAUACAUUUUAAUCCGUAUUAUUUACUGGAUCCAUAGGUUAUGAUCAGUCCGAUUUCCUGGAUGUGCAGGUUAUGAUCUGUGAGGUUUCUGGGGUGUGUCGGCUAUUAUUAAAUUGCUUUCCUCUAUAUGAAGGUUAGAAUUGACAUGAUUCCCAGGCGCACAGUUUAUAACAGAUGUGGUAUUCUUCGUGAUUUUCUAACCUUACUUAAUAUAAUGAUGAGCUUGAAACCAUAUAUGUACUCAAAUAACAACUGCAUUGUGCACAUAUCGCUAAAAGGGUUAAAUGUAUGCACACCACAAUUGCUUGCUGGAUCAUUAGGAGCUCUGCUGUCUUUUUCUAGAUGGGAAAUUAUACUCUGCUACCAUGGCGGAUUUCCAAGCCAGUGAUGCUGUGAUCUAUAGAAGUAUGGGGGAUGGCUUCGCUCUGAGGACAAUUAAGUAUGACUCCAAAUGGCUAAAAGGUACUUGCAAGUGAGCUUUUAUUAAUAAUGACACAGAGAUCAGACACUUACUUGAUAGGAGAGCGAAGCGUAACACAAUUUAAUAGCAUUUCUCGGAAAUAUGAUGCAUAUUAAGCGUUCCAGAUCCUUUUGGUAUAACACCGUUGUAUGACGAAGCUACUUCUUGCAUGCUGAUACAUCAAGAGCUUUGCUUGAAAUGCAUAUUUUUUUUUUCUUUUUACAGAAUGGCUUGAUUGAUUCCUCAAUAAAACUAAAAUUUAAAUGUAAUGCAAGUCCUUUGAGGCCUCUUUACACACCAUUAGUCAGCAUUUCAGCUGCAAAAACACUUAAGCUCAAAUUCCACUUAGAAAAGGUUGGACCAGCUGGAGCCUCAUAUCUCUUUCUGGAACACAACUCCCAAUACUACAAGGACUUGUUCUUCCUUAAAGAUUGCUGUUGGAUUUGCAAAGGAUGUGCAGCCUUCUGACUGUUAAUUUGAUUGCAAAUCCCAUUAUUCUGUUUUUCUUUUGGUUUUUUAAGCAAAGUCUUCCAAUAAUCCUAUUUAAACCAAAAACAGCACGCUGGGUUUUGUAGUUAACAGUGAUUUGUGGUGAGUUGGUUUUGGACAAAUCAGUGGCACUUUAAUAAAUUCGCCAAUCAUUUUUGCACUUCCAUUUGUCAACUCAACACAAAUUCAUGUGAUAAAUUCUGUGCAUUUUAGAAACGAAAGCUGAUACAUUUUCUCAUCUCAUUUCCUAUCCAGAACCCCAUUUUCUCCAUGCUAUAGAAUACGGGAGUUACAUCUACUUCUUUUUUCGUGAGAUUGCUGUAGAGCACAAUAACUUAGGCAAGGUAAGUGCAAAAUUGGAGUUAUUCCAAAUUCAGGUGAUUGACACAGAGCUGGCAAAGCAGGAUUGGAGUGCAGGAAGACCAGAAAUGUAUAAAGCAGCCUAAACAUGUCUCCUGAUUGUUCAUUUUUACUUUGUCCUGAAAUUCAUUGUCUUUUCACACUGCACUGCUAAAAAAGUGGUCUGGGGACCAUCAGGGCCUCCCAGAAUCAUCAAUAUCUAAACAUUUUCACAUUCUAAACAUAAUUUGCUUGAAAAUUACAUAUGCCAUAUUGAAAGAUAUUUCAUAAAACACCAGAUGAAUAAAGUAGAAUUGUCAUAGUACGCGCCCCACUUUACCAAAGUACCCCAAUUUCAGCCAGUCUUAACCUGAUUUUAUACAGGCAAAAUCAUUAUUUUAUAUAUAAUAUACUCAGUUUUGUUUCCAAUUUAUAUGUCUUUUUCAACACGUGAUGUUCCUGCAUGGGUUUUAGAAAAAUAUGUGUUUUAGAAAAAUAUUUAUGUGCACAGCACAAAAGGGUCAUUAACGAGAACUGUAGUCUCUGUAUUAAAUCAAUAUAUAUUAUAAUUUUUGACAUUUUAUUAUUAAAUUCAAUUCUUUAGAACCUCUGCAUUUGCCCUUCAUCCACUUUAUACUUUAUGUCUUUAUUUUUGAAGUGAGCUAUAUGUGAGCCUUGCUAUUAUUUUGCCAUAUAUGAGUAGGUACUUGAUGCCGUUUUUUAAUGUUUAAACACAAGGAUACACGGCCUGAAAAUGGCUGGUAAAAAUUCUACACAAACCUCAUUAGGAAAUCUCUGUUAUUUCUUGGCAAGAAUUAAAUGCAUAAAUAUGUUUAUACUUCAACCAAGGGUUCCAUUGUGCCUCCCAAAUGUUAAAUAUUUAAAUGACACAAAUGCAGUUUAUGAUCGUUGGACUACAUUAUAGACAUUCUAGCGUAAAUUAUUAACUUUUUUAUUUAUUUUUUAUUUUACACAUGCAUGGUUAAUUAAAGACUUUGCAGAGGUGGGGAAGCCAUGCAUACGUUAUAGGUUUGCCUAGCGGUGCAGUAAAAUGGAUAUUCGGCUACAGUUAAAUAGUGUAUGCAUACUUCUGUCACUAAUGCACAUAAACUGUAUCUGUCUGCCACUUAAAACAAACUUUGCGUGAUGUUUUAUUAAAAUAAAUAAUGUGAUCUAUUCAGUGUUGCUGAUUUCGGGUAAUCUACUUUUGGCAACAGCUCAAUAUUUUUUUUUUUCUUCUUUAAGGCAGUACAUUCUCGUGUUGCACGCAUUUGCAAAAAUGAUUUGGGAGGUUCCCAGAGAGUGCUUGAGAAACAUUGGACUUCGUUCGUAAAGGCAAGGCUCAAUUGUUCCGUCCCAGGGGAUUCAUUCUUUUACUUUGAUGUUCUACAGUCUAUCACAGACAUAAUAGAAAUCAAUGGAAUUCCUACGGUGGUUGGUGUAUUUACAACACAGCUUAAUAGGUAAGAGAUGAGCAACCUGACAUCAAAUAAAGUGUUUCACUUUCUUGUUUUCAGUAAAAUAAUUGCCAUUGUAGCCCGCAAUCCUAGAAAGAAUUCUUUUGCUAUUUUCUUCAGCAUCCCGGGUUCAGCAGUGUGCGCUUUCACUAUGGAUGACAUUGAGAAGGUAUUCAGAGGAAGAUUUAAAGAACAAAAGACUCCAGACUCUGUUUGGACAGCUGUACCUGAAGACAAAGUACCGAAGCCAAGGUAGAAUAAAGAAAGAUUGACUCUUCAGAUAAUAACGCAACCCACAUGUCUCCUAAUGGGUGUGUGCUGUUUUGAAAAUGUAAUGGAGCAUUAUACUGGGCAGUUAAGUUCUUCCAAUUUGUUGUUUUAGACCGGGCUGCUGUGCACGGCAUGGCUUUGGUGAAGGUUAUAGGUCUUCUACUGAAUUUCCAGAUGAAACGCUGUCCUUCAUCAAGUCCCAUCCCCUGAUGGAUUCUGCCAUUGCUUCCAUCAUUGAAGAACCUUGGUUCACAAAGACCCGCGUCAGGUAUGAUAAAAAAUGACCUAGACCUGUAAUUAGUUUUUAGAUUCUGAGUUCUAGAUAAGCCAAUCCUGAAGCUGCAAUGUAAAUCCUUAUCCUUAAUCCUGAAUUUUGAAUAUUUUCCUGUUUGCAACCUAUUUAAGGUACAGACUGACUGCGGUGGCAGUGGACCAUUUAGCAGGACCAUAUCUGAACUACACAGUCAUGUUUGUGGGUUCUGAAGCUGGCGUUGUACUGAAAAUUUUGGCCAAGACUACCCCUUUUUCUCUAAAUGAAAGUGUUUUAUUGGAAGAAAUUGAUGCCUACAAUCGCGCAAAGUAAGUUUUCUAGCUCAACAAAGCAUACUUUUUAUUUAUUUAUUUGUUUUUGUGUGCUGGUUUCUCUUAUGGCAAAUGUAUUAAGAGCAAGGACAGUUCUUGCAUUUACCUCAUUAAAAUUUAGUAGGAACAAAUAUUUAUAUGCAUUUAACUCUUUAAAAUGUAGCCAAAACCAUUACUUGAAAGUAUUCUCUUUCUAAGGCAUUGUGCCUUAAACAUAUCAUUAUUGUUAAAAUUAUACACAGGACCGUUCAGGCUUAAUUAAAUUAGUACACAGUGUGGCAUUCUCAUUGUGGAGUGGUUUCCCCUAAUUAUAGUGAUGUAGUGAUUUAUUUCUUCUCGUGUAUAUUUAGGUGCCUCCACUUCAUACCCACACAUUGCCAAAAUAGACACACGUGGUGAACUUUAACACUGACCAUUCAUAAAUCUGGUGGUGUCCACACAAGGGUCAAUUCUAAGCCAUCUAUGCACAAAGACAGAUGCUAAAGUCUAUUUUACUAAUACAUAAAAGUUGGCAGAUAUAGACAAAACACAUUUUUAUAUUGGGAUUAAAAAAAAAACACAGAGAGGUUGGUACAGGAAUCUAAAAGUGCUCUACACAUUCUUUGUGAUUGAGUUGAGAUCAUGCAAAAAAAAUAUUUACAAAGCAAUGUACUAUAAAAUACUUUUCGAUUGGUGAAUCCUAACAUCAUAUUGUACUAGGGAUGAUGAGAUUAAAAUCCGUGGUAUCCUGCAAGAUGCAUAUUUAUAUUUAAAUUGUUUGGUAUAAUAGUAAAAAAAAAAAAAAAAGUGAUUCCCCGCUUCUAUUUUGAUCUUAUUUUAUGAGGUUAUGAUAAAUCAGAAUCUCUCCACAGUUGAGCUUCACUGCAUUUCCUUUUGAAUAGAACACGGCAAAUCUUUCCAUCAUUCAGUAAUAAACGCAACAUAAACUGUACUGUAAAAACACCACGUGGUUCAUACCACUAAUUAGCUGGUAAUUCCUUAGCCUCCGGAAAUUUUUAUUUAGCAUGAUCUAUUACCAGGUAGCGUGUAACUAAGUGUACUACUUCAAUCACAGGCACAUUACUUCAUCUAGAGGCAAAUGAGUGUUGAAGGGAUCCCAGAUCAAUGAAAUAGCAAACAUGCCACUGAGCAACUAUAAAUUUAAAAGGACAGAACAAUAAUGUUCUACAACAUUCUCUGCAUAUAGAGAUGGAGAAUGUUAUAGGACAUAGUUAUGUUUGUUGAAACUUUAUCUGUUUUCAUCACAAAUUUGUGACUUUAAGGUUUCAUUUAACUUUGUCACUUUACGGUUUUAUUUAACUUCCUACACAUUAGAAGAAUAUGCAUCCAAAAUUAAUGUCUGCAAGUUUUUGCUUUAUAUCACAUAGUAUAUUUACUUGUUUCUGGUGUAGAUGUUUUGGGGACGGUGAAGAUGACAGAAGGGUCUUAUCCCUCCAGAUGGACCGAGAACACCAUGCUUUAUUUGUGGCAUUUUCUGGAUGUAUUGUGAGGCUUCCUCUUAGCCGCUGUGAACGUUAUGGAUCAUGCAAAAAGUAUGUGUAACGGAUGCAAUAAAAAUGGUUAUGAUGAUUUCUGAACCUCCGAUGAUGCUAAAUUUGUAAUUCUUUUCUUCUCUCAAAGGUCAUGCAUUGCUUCAAGAGACCCUUACUGUGCGUGGCUAAACCAUGAAACAUGUGGCAGAGUAAAACCCGGAAUGUUGUAAGUGGUCACAUAUAUUAUUAUUACUGCUAAAAUGAAUGUCCCAUCCCUCUAGUGCCAAGGUUUCCAUCUAGCUGGUAACCACCUCUUACUAUACCAAGAUAAUAAAAAUAGUACUCAAACCUCUGUUCUCAAACAUACUGAUGGAUUAGGCUUUCUUUAUAUUUACAUGGCUAUAUAGCUAUGGAUUUUUGAAUGUUCUCAACAUUUCUAAUUUUGCAGUAGAAUUUUGCAGUGUGUGUGUGUGUUUUGUGCUCUAUUUUUAACGUGAUGCUUAUGAGACAGAAACAUAAAUUCUAUUGGGAACGGUAAUAUGCUUUGAAUCCAGUCGGGAGAUAAACUAUUGCUUCUCGAGAGAAUCCUAUUAAUUAUCACAGAACAAUCCUCUUGUACAAACAAGCGUAAAUUGGCUUUCUAUGUUUACACUAUAUAUUUUUUUUUUCAUCCAGUUGGUACUUACUGCUCUGAUGUUUUUUGUUUUUUUCCCAUUUCCACUUGGAGGUGCACAGUUGAAUUCGCUGGCUCUGCUAAUAUUUUAUCAUAAAAUUAAUUUUUUUUAUUCUCCUUUUGCAUUAUUCAGCUUUGGAUAUGAACAAGAUGUGGAGUAUGGUAAUACAGUACAGCUUGGAGACUGUCAUGGUAAGGGUCUUCACUAAAAGCAAUUUAAUUUGUGCUUUAGAGAAUAGAAAACACAAUGUACUCAUAAUGCGCAUACUGCUUCUAUUAUAACCUAUUUUUUCACAGGCCAAGCUGCAUUAUAUUUAAUAAGCGUUUUUUUUUUGUUUUGUUUUUAGUUUCUUUUUACUUAUUAUUUGGCUGUGUAAAAAUGCUUAAAGUCUUAUGAAAACAAAGUAAUUAUCAUAAGAACAAAAAAAAAUCUAUUUUUGCUUUCAGCUCAGAUUUUAUAACUUUUAUUUUGCUUUCUUUCGGUUACUUUUUACUGAUUAUCUGUUCCUUUAAUUUUAGAAAAUUUGCCUCCUACAACUACACCAGAUUACAAAAUAUUUGGCGAUCCAACAUCUGGUUAGUUUUAUUAAUUUUAUUUAAAAAUAAUUGCCUUUUGUUUUAGUUCAGCAUUUUCUGCUCUUAUGCCCCCUUCUUUUUCGCAGUCGGCAAAUCCCUCAUUUUUGUGCUUUGACUCCAUGCACCCAAAAGUAAUAAGGAUAGCAAGCCGUCUCGUGUUCUGUUUUUUUGUUGGUUUUUUUUUCAACUCACCUAUGUCUGGCUGCAUGUUACCCAAUUAUCCCAUCAUUGGUUGAUAAGUAAAAUCUUUUAUAUAAACAUUUUAUUAUGACAUUUCCGCAGCACGAAAGCCAGACAGACUUCAUUCUCCCCCUGUCCAUGCAUUUGUCAAUACCUGUUUCUCAUCUAUUAGUGAUAGAUGACAAUUCCUUUAAAAAAAAAAAAAAAAUCAUACUACAUCUUUAUUUACUUUUACCCAUUUAUUGCAGAGCUUUAAACGUGUCUGUGUGUGUUUGGUCUAAGUUAAAUUUUCAGUUUAACAGCCAUUAAAUCAUAGAGAUUAAGGGUUUUAAACAUAAUCAAGCGCACACAAAUACUAAUGAUGGUUCAUGUUUAGUGGUUUGUUUUAAAGUGCAAUUUUAUUUAUUUAUUAAAUAUAAUAUAUAUCAAAUAAAUUCAACUUAAUAAAUAUGUGUUUACUACCACAGACAUGGAAGUACCCUCCACCCUUGUUACCACAGUGGCAAGUAGCCCAGUCAUUUUGCCUAAAGUGAUUAGUUCUUGGAAACCUAGAAUGACUGGCUCAAGGAAAUAUGUUUUUCAAGAUGACCCAAACAUCUCUGAUUAUGUUGAUCCAUUAACAGGUGUCCCAAAGGGUAAGGCCUUAAAAAGAGAGAAAAUUUUACUGAGUGGAUACCUGAAGCUCAUUUCAACCCACAUGAUGCAAUAUAUGACUCCUUAUUAGCCAAUAGCCUGGCCUUAUAUAUUUACAUCAUUAUUUCGCAGCUCUGUUGAGGUCACUUGGUCAAAGUGACUGCUUUAAGACUAACUUCAAUCAGUUACUGAACUCCUCAAGGACCAAUUACUCCUUUUGUUUUCAUCACAAUUUGGUCUCCCAAGACUUAAUGCCAGCAUGGAAUUUCCUACCAACUAAACACUAGCAGUUCUAUUAUAAUUAUUAUUAUUUAUAAAGUGACAGCAAACUCUACAUUGCUGUACAACAGAUAAAAAGCAUUGCUGUCAUUAUAUGAAUAGUAUUGUGGAAUAGGAUCUCGACCAUUACUUUGUUAUGACUGUGUAGACCACCAUUGUUUCUCGAGGAGUUAAAAAUGUCUUUAAACAGAAGAGGCCUCUAUUAGCUUUUAAUGGCGCAGUCAUAUAAAAAUGAAAUUGCAUUCUAUCAGGUUUCCACUCAGAUACGGCAGUGUAUUUAUUUAUUGUAUUUCCAUUUUUCUGUUAAAUGCAUGCGUUUCUGUUGGGUUUUGUCUCUCCAUUGCUUUUAUUUUAUUGUUUGUUUUAAAUAUUUUUUUAUUUAUUUAUUCUAUAUGAUCCAGCAGUUACUGCUACAUUUCCAAUUAUUGUGUCCCAUAUUGGAAGGGUCAUCCGUUUGCCAUAGCUGGUCAUUUUUCAAGAGCUAAAGAAAUUAGAUUAUAGAUUUUAUAUAGUAUUAGAUUAUAGGAAGUUUACAAACUGUUACAGUGGAUUUAUUUUACAAGUUACUACUUGUAUAUAGAAUUAGCUUAUUUUUUCAAGCCUACCUAGGAAGCUUUUAAAUAAAGUAAAUGCUCUGCAACCACGAGAUUAAAUUACAAUAGGUAAAAUACUUCCUAAUAUCAAGCACACAUAGCACUUUAAAUACUUUUACACUAAUGGCUGUUUAAGCAUUAUAUGAACCAAAGGUUCAUUAUAUGAAUCAAAGGUGACAUGCAGAGAGUUGUAUAAAAUGAUGUCAAAGUAGGCAACUCCUAGUACAAUAAUUAGUGGUAUGGAAUCGGCAAGGACUGGUAGGCAGGUUAGAAAUGGGCAUCCACUGUGGUUAGGCCCCCAAUGCAGGCGCAUUACAACUUUCCAUAUAUGUCUGCAGACAGGCCCUUUGGCCGUCCCCACUCAGGGCAGAUCAUGAGAAGAUUGCUCCUACGGCAGGCACACUGGUUAGGGACAUUUAUCUGGUGUCUCAUAUCCUGCACAGUGAGAACGAACCAGGAAUUUGUGAUGGUCCUCCCAAACCUAGGACAACUAGGAGCUAGGCUGCCCAUCCAAUUAAUUAAUUGAUUAAUUUAAUAAUUCAUGUUUUUUGUUGUUGAAAGAAUUAGUGAUUUUUACACAUACAUGACGUUGUUAUUGGGGAAUAUUAUUUUUGCAUGGUUUGUUUGCAUCUCAAUAUUUUGUCUUUAUUUUCUAUCAUUUUAACUACUCCCCUCCUAUGUUAUCCUGUUAUACUUUAUUGACCAGUUUCAUCUUCUGUUUUCGCUUGCAUUUUUGUACUGUGCUAUAUGGUUUUUGUUUGGUUUUUGGGUUUUUGUGUGUUUCCCUUGCACACUGCCAAUAAAACUGACGUCUCAAAGUUUCUCUCUCUAAAUGUUCAAAGGCCUUGCCAUUAACUGAAACUAGAAACCUAUAUCAUUUUAACAACUACUAAUUAUUACUUUAGAAAUGUUUUCAAUCUGGAGGUUUGAAUAUUAAGUGCAAACCAAUUCUUGAUCUAACUCUGCUUUUUCCCUAUGCAUAAAAUAUUUUAACUCUUCUUGUGUCUGUGGCUGCUAACUCUUCUAAUGCGGGAUUUGGGUGAACACUAAUCCAGAAUUCUCCUUCUAGGUCAAAUCUAGAAUGUGUGUUUUGUGAUGUAUGUAAAUUUCUUGUACCUUUUAAUGUGUUGUAGCUAAUAUAAAAGCUUGAACCUGCCACCAGUAGUUAAUUAAAAUGUCCUAUGCAGUAAACAUAGUCAUGAGCUUAACUAUCCUAAAAUAUAUUGACACUCUAUCUCUUAAAUUCCUAUAACUUCAGUAUGUGAUAAAAUACAGGGAGCCUCGUACACAAAUAUUCGUGUUGUACUAGUCUGACAAUAUUGUCAGUGUAAUUCUGCUGUUGGUGAUGCUUUUUUUUUUUUUUAUACAAUAUAUAAAUAUCUCUAUUAUAUAUACACUUACUUACGUGUAAGUCUUUGGAUGCAUAUGCUGUGUUGAUAUGAUAUGCACAGCACAAUAUACAUCCUCUUGUGACCUGCACACUGGUCCCAAAACAGCACCGUUUUGAAACUGCUAAAAGAUAAACUAUAAUGAUUUACUGUAUUGUACCGGUAGGUGUUAGAGGUGUACAGUUCACAGCUAUCAAACUGUGUACACUGCUGUGCAGCCUUUUUCUUUAAAGGGACAGCCAAUUCAAAUUUGAAAAUGUACUCAAAUUAGACUCCUAGUUACUUAUAGUAUUUCUAAACUAAACUGCUAUGUAGUCCAUGGUGCCUCACUCACUGUGAUCUCAUCAUCAAGGUUUAUCUGACAGUCAAUGAUCAGGUACCACUUUGGUUUAGUGCUAAUCUCAUAUUUUAAACACAGCACAAAGAGCUUGUGUCUGUUAACACACUUGACAUGACAAGACAAAACUUAAAGGUUAGAGCUGGUGGCAUUUUUAUUAAAAGCAAGUUGUGAUGUGCAUCAAUUAACGGAAUACAAUGGGUUUUAUACCCCUUUAUGGAAGGCUACAUGCUGGUAUAUUAUACUCUAAGCAUCAUGUAGGUUAGUAUAACAGAUGUGGGUACUAUGAGUACUUAUGUUUAUGUGUUUGUCCUUUUUAAAUGUAGUACUUUUGGUGUGCAUCCCCUUGCAUGUACUAUAAAUAGAUGUUGGACAUACAUUGCAAAUAAGCAUAUACAUUGUAACUAGACUAUAUGUAACACUAUUUAGCCUAGACUUGUACACGCCUAAUAGGCAAAUGCAGUCUGUCAGCAAGCAUUGUUAUUAAACAAAUAUCACAAUUAAAACUCAAUUUUAUCUCAAAAAUGAUUUCUAAAUAGGAUGGUCUUAUUGGUUACACUAAAAUUUUAAGGAAUUAGAUGAACAGCUGCAUGUGUAUAGUUACCGCACAAGUGUAAAGAAAGGUUAUAUAAUCACACAUUUUAGUAGAAAUAUUAUACUAAAAUAAUUAAGGUCUUCUCUAUACUCAACACUUGUGUUAGAAGCCAAAACAAUUAUCGUACAUAUUUUUUCAAGCACUACUCAGUAAACCACUAUAUUCCAUACAAAAAAAGUUCACGCCAUAUAUGUUGUAUCUGUUACAUUCUUUCAAUUUCAUUCUUUACCCAUUCCAAGAUAUUUCUUUGUGUUAAUUAACAGCAUGUUAGAAAGCAGACAGAGAAUUGACUGCAACAUAUUCUAUACAAAAGAACAAAGAUUAAUGUGUCAAUGUGCUAAAGAGUAAUAAUGUGUGCAUAUUUGCCCUAAAAUAUUGCCAUGUGUUUUUACAGGUGUAAGAUGGGAAGUGCAGUCGGGAGAAUGGAACCAAAUGGUCCAUAUGAAUGUUUUGAUCACCUGUGUCUUAGCCGCAUUUGUGCUCGGAGCUUUUAUUGCAGGAGUUGUUGUCUACUGCUACCGGGAGAUGUUCGUACGGAAAUCAAGAAAGAUCCAUAAAGAUGCAGAGUCUGCACAAUCCUGUACUGACUCAAGUGGAAGUUUUGCUAAACUGAAUGGAUUAUUCGACAGUCCUGUUAAAGAAUAUCAGCAAAGCAUUGAUUCACCUAAACACUACACAAAUAUAUUGACUAGCAGAAAAGAAUUGCCGCCAAAUGGUGAAACAAAGUCUAUAAUGAUGGAUAGUCAAGGGCAGCCACCUGAACUAGCUGCACUUCCAACUCCAGAAUCAACACCAGUGCUUCAACAAAAAGGCUUGCAGCCAAUCAAAAACCAAUGGGAAAAGACACACAAUAAUUUAAACAUUUCACGAAAAGAAACACCUCUUAAAAGUCCUCAGUUUUUUCCUUCCAGCCCUCCUCCUCACUCGCCUUUAGCACAUGGACAAAUUCCAAGUGCGGUUGUUCUUCCAAAUGCUACCCAUGAUUAUAAUACAUCAUUUUCAAAUUCAAAUGCACACAAAUCAGACAAAAAACUCCAUAAUAUUGAACAUUCUUUGGUAAAACCAUCAGGUAAGAGAGACCACAGACGUUCAGUGGACUCCAGGAAUACACUGAAUGAUUUUUUGAAACAUCUUAACGACUCUUCUGGAAGUUCUAAAGCUAUUAUGGCAGAUAUUCAGGUGGCUCAUCAGAAUAGUCACCAGGCAGCACAUCAAACUUUAAUGCUUGAUACUAUGGGAAACAUGUCUGAAAUUCCACCUAAAGUUCCAAAUAGGGAAGCUUCCUUAUAUUCUCCCUCUUCUACGCUUCCAAGAAAUAGUCCCACAAAACGAGUGGACGUACCUUCAACCCCAAAUGGGCAAAUGACACCCUCUUUGGAGACACAAAGAGGUUAUCACAAAAACUCUUCACAGAGACAUUCUAUAUCAGCUCUACCUAAAAAUAUGAACUCACCAAAUGGUGUUUUGAUUUCUAGGCAACCUAGUAUUAACCGAGGAGGUUAUAUGCCUCCCAGUCCUAGUCCAAGAAUGGACUAUAUGCAAGCAACACCUGUCAUUGUUCAUCAACAGACUUCCUUAUCAAGGCAAAGCAGUUAUACAGGACAUGGAACCCUUCCUCGUACAGGAAUUAAGAGGACACCGUCAAUAAAACCAGAUGUGCCACCAAAACCUUCAUUUGCUCCACAGAAUACAUCUGUUAGACAGCUAAACAAAUAUAGCUACUAAGACAUUUUUCUUGAACCAUACAUGGUUGUAGCACAUGGUGUUGCUAAGGAACUCUCCAGGCAGAGACACGUUUUGCCUAAUCAGUCCCAAACUGAGUGGCCAAAAAUGCUGCCUUUAGUUUGGCAACAUCAUUGUCUUGCCAGACAUAGGAGUUGCAAGAUAUUUUUGCAACGAACAAAACAAAGGAAAGUGCUGGUCAUUUUAUUUCUUUUGUUUGGAGCUAAGUGGAAGUGUAGCACUGUGUUGGCUACUUCACAGUUACAAAAAUCUGAAACAGUACUACAAAUUAAGAUAUACUUGAAAAAUGGGCUUAAUGUUAAACUGCCGCUGUGUGUAGCCAUCCCAUUAAAUGUGAACGUCUAAUAUGUAUGCAUUCACCUUGCCUCUUGCACAAAUGUCAGAAAAUGAUCCCAAUCAAUCAUUUUCAGGUAGUUUUUCCUUCUACUUUCUCAAGCCUAAACAUAACCAUGAGUCAAAUAUGGCAACUGUGCAUAUAUCACCAAUAAAUUCAACCUAUAUGUAUUUUGUUUGUGUGAAGAAUAUAUGUCCCCUACACAUGAACAUGCACGUAAUGAUUCUCAUUGCAAUUUCUAAGCUGUGGAAUGGUUUAUAUUGAGCAUGGCUGAACAAAAUGGAAGAAAGUGACCUUCCAAUAAGCCUCUGCUGGGGAUAUAGCUAUGAGAAACAGAGAUGUGCCUCUUUCCUGCCUUCCAGAUGAUUUAACUUGGCUGAGCAAGGUACUUCGUACAAGAAUGUUAAAGAUUCUUAGAAUUGUUAUGCUGCUAUUUAACCAAUAUUGUAUAUUUCACUGGAAAUACUACUCGGACUCUUCGUUGAAGGCUGUACCUUUCUAGAAUUGGAAUUACCAUUUGGCUCAUUCUAGAUCGCCAUUGGUAAUUCAAUACCGAUACAAUUACCUAUUGCCAGAUGCAGCCCCCAUUUGCUAAUGCACUGAAAAUGUAACAUAGUACUUUCUAAAAUUAUUGAAAGUUUGUGUCCUGUUCACUAGAAGAGCCCUUCAACAUGGUGGAUACCACUGUGGUACUUAAAAAUGUUUGUUCCCCCUACUCCCUUCUAUAAAGGUCAGGCUGGCCCAACUAUAGGGUAGUUAGCUCUACAGUAGUGCAAUGAAUAUAUGUUUGUUUCAUGUGUGAGUGUCCGCCAAGGUCAUGCAGGUAAUGACAAAAACAUGUAAAUAUGUGUGAGGGUACCUGAAUCUGUGCAUCUUGUGCCUUAUUCAUGAAUAAAUUUACUAUAGUCUGUCAAGUAUCUUCAGUAUAACAUGCCAUAUUAUCCGAGAAUCAGAAAGGAACAUUUAUAAUAAGCCCCUUCUAUCCCUGAAUAUAAAGAAAGACAAUGUUUGCUAUUUAGAUUACAGUAAGCCAUUAUUUAUCUAGGGCGGCAUUCCGCUCUAGAACAACGAGGAAUCAAAAUCUUUUUAAAAUAAAACAAAGAUUUCUAGGCUAAUUCACCACCUGCUAAAACUAUGUAAUGUUAGACAGUUUCAAGUACCUACUUGUGACUUGUGUUCAACACAGAUGGCUAUUUUAGUUGAAAAAAAAUCACAUAAGCAUAUUGUUUAUUGAGUAUAAUUUAGAGCAGCGGUUGAAAUUGCCUUAGUACAACAAAAUAGAGAAAAAAAACUCCCAAAUUAAAAUGGGUUUUAGGAAAAUGGAAACCAAAUUAGUUUACUUGUUUUUGUAUAAAGUCUUUUAAAAAAGAAGAUAUACAUUUCAUUUUAUUUUUUUAAGUUUUUAUUUUUUUUUUAAUGGCCAAAGUUGAGAACGUUAAUCUUAGAUAUGGGGGCAAUAUUUUAAUGGAGUUAAUACGAGUUAUGCAAUUUCUAUCAACUUUGUCAUCCAUUUGAAAAUGUAAAUGCAGAUAUGACUUCAUGUUUAAGAUAGAGGUAUGAGCACCAGAGCUUGUACAAGCCAAACCACGAAUUCCGUUAACAUGGAUAACAUUGUACUGCCUUGUAGAUCGUAAUGUGAGUUCUAUCAGUAUUUAUGUUGAUGUUUCUAACAUUCAAUCUAGGCUAAGAAAUACAUUUAAUAAUAAAAAAAGUGCUUUAUCCAUUUGUGUGAAGGUAAAAGCAGAUUGUAUCUUUUUUAUAUUGUUCCAACAUAGAGAUGUAACCAUGGGAUUAAGUUGCUCUAUUUUGUUCAGUAGAGUACUUUACCGUGUAGAUAUCUUGUAAAGCUGUAUUGUGAAUGUGUAAAUAAUUCUGUACUUUUGGGUUUUUAACACCGCAUGUAAAGGUUAAAAUAAAAAUCAAGUGAAAAAAUAA